UGCUCUCCGUACUGCUGUCGGUCUCCCGCCAUAUUGACGUAAAUUCGGAUCGGGAAGCCAGAGUCGGACCCUUGCUCUGCACAGGAUAGCAGCCAUCAUGGCGGCGGAUCCUGGGCUAGAAAUGACUUCUAUGAUCCCGGCCCUGAGAGAGCUAGCCAGGUAAAUGGCCUCCAUGCCUGGGGGUAUAGACAGAGGACUAAUACAGGGCUGGAUAAACCAUAGGCACUGUGAGUUGCUGUGAAGUAUAGGUGCAUCACGCUCAGCCAGCCAAGAGCAUUUCUGAGCAUGAUGGUAAUGUUAGUCCAUGGAAAACACAGUGCAAACUUUUAUUUGUGACUGCAAAAUUAUCAGUACCUCUCAAUAAAACUAUAGCUGCCAAAGUGGUCUGUGCAGAAGCAACCCAUCCUUCCCAUAUAGAAAAAGCUUUUAUAAAAAAUAAAAAUGUAAAAAUGAAAAUUGCUCACCUAUAUGAUAAGAGGAGCUGCUCUGCAAAUUUUUAGCAGUUAUCAACCAAAUAAACAGCCUUAAAGGGACACUAUAGUCACCAAAAUUACUUUAGCUAAAUAAAGCAGUUUUAGUGUAUAGAUCUUUCCCCUGUAAUUUCACUGCUCAAUUCCCUGUCAUUUAGGAGUUAAAUCACUUUGUUUCUGUUUUUCCAGCCCUAGCCACACCUCCCCUGGCUAUGAUUGACAGAUCCUGCAUUAAAAAAAAAAAAAAAAAUGGUUUCACUUUCAAACAGAUGUAAUUUACCUUAAAUAAUUGUAUCUCAAUCUCUAAAUUGAACUUUAAUCACAUCCAGGAGGCUUUUGCAGGGUCUAGCAAGCUAUUAACAUAGCAGGGGAUAAGAAAAUCUUAAUUAAACAGAACUUGCAAUAAGGAAAGCCUUAAUAGGGCUCUCUUUACAGGAAGUGUUUAUGGCAGGCUGUGCAAGUCACAUGCAGGGAGGUGUGACUAGGGUUCAUAAACAAAGGGAUUUAACGCCUAAAUGGCAGAGAAUUGAGCAGUGAGGCUGCAGGGGCAUGUUCUAUAUACCAAAACUGCUUCAUUAAGCUAAAGUUGUUCAGGUGACUAUAGUGUCCCUUUAAUGUGUUGCGUUAUUUCCCAAGCUGCUGACUGGUUAUGGGGGUUUAUUCGCUAAAUUCUGCGGGGGAAAAAAUGCUCAUUUAAAAAAAAAUGAGGAUCAAAUAGCGAAGCAGUCGCUAUAGCGGAGUUGGAGAAUUUCUCCAGAUGAGCAAUUUUAAUCUAAGCAUUGCAAUGCAGAUUUUUGUGUGAUAUACAGUGGAGUUUAGAGCAUAAAUCUUUAUGAGUGUAGUUGGGGUUCUCUCCAGUGCAGAGAAAGGAGAGAUUUACAUCUAAGUUGUUUGUAUAAUGCACCCAUGCUUCUGUGGACAAAUCUUAGACAGCAAAGAUUAAAAUUAUUCCUUUUAACACAAGUAUUGCUCCACACCUUAGGAGUGCACCGCCAAUAGAGUCACCACUCUAACCCCAAGUGCACAUAGAAUCAGGAGGUUAUGUUGAAGAAUUGCACAUUUACAGGGUUAUUUACUAAUGUAAGAAUUCAAAGUUGAUUUAAAUUUUAAGGUCCAAUAGCUGAACGUGAAAAAAUGUCUACUAUAGAAAUAAAGUGAAACUGUCACCAUCCCCCAUUCCUGAAAAAUACCAAGUUCAUAAAGAUAGACUCUUUAUGAAAUACUUGUUUUGACUGUUGGAAUUUCAUUGAAAUACCAACCCAGUCAACAGAUAUACUGAGACAAAGUAGAGAGUAUAUCUGUAUAUUUCCUCUGCUUGACUUUGUUAGAUUCUGGGGGGGAGCUACAGUGUCAAUCCUGACAGCCAUCAUUAGUCAUGGCUGCAGGGAAUUGCCAUUAGGAAUUCUCAUGGGAUCCUCCAUUGACCUCAAUGCUGUUCUCUUGUGCAUGUGCGAGAGUCCAGCAGUGUUGUUGGCUCCUGGUGCUGAAGUGUACCUGCCAAAGAAAGAUGGCAGCGCCUGCGAGGGACAGGUUAGAAGAACUCCACUUUACCUGCCCCUUCACCCCACCGGACAACCAGCGCGAUGUUACCGUCGGGAGUCUUUGGGAAUUUAGCAGAGUCUCCAAACGGUGACAGUGGCGCUUUAAAUGUGAAAUUUACCUUGAAUAUUCACUUUCAUAAAUAACACUGUUAAUGUUGGAGGUAUUGCACAUUGUGCAUCUAAGCUGUGCACCUUGCAAUAAAUGUGCAUUUUUUAGUAAAUGUGCAUUACUACUUUGACAUCACUGAUCAGAGGACUUAGUCUUACACCUUUAUUUUGGUGGGGGGAGUUGUUGCAACUGUAAGCCAGGAGAUUUUAUUAAAGACACGGAGGCUCAUAUUAUGCAUAACUCUUUCUUUAUUUCCUCAGCAGCAAAGAUAGAGGAAUAUAAAUAUUAUCAAAUUGAAAGCAAAAAACUGUAUAAGUACACAGGCAACCAAUAGCAUAACAUAGGAAGUGGCUAUAUAAGGCCUGUGUCUCCCACAAUCCCCCUCUUUCUUUGCUGCUUCCUCAGACAGCUAAGUACCAUUAUUGAGCUCUCUACUCAUUGCUUUUUAUUAGUAUUAUUUGUUGUGUUUUUCUGGUUUUGCUUCAUGCUCAUUAUUAUUUAUUGUUUUAUUGCUUGUCUCUUACUCUUGUUGCCUGGAUCGUUGGUGUAUUUGGGGACCCCCCUGGGGCGUUUUGCCCGCGGCCGCGGGCUCUCUCUCUUCCCCUCCCUCCCGCCCCUAUCCCUCACCGAGCGCUUCCCAGCGCUGCCCUCUGCCGCGGCGGUUUUCUCUCGGCACCGCGGCUGAGUGUGCUCGUUUUUUUCCCUUUCACAGACUACCCGCGCGGGUAGGUGCGCGCGCGCCCCUUCCCCCGCCGGGGGCCUGUACACGUGUGCAGUUUGUUAUUAGACGGCGGCCAUUUUGGGUGAUCGCUACGCAUCGCUCAGUGUCCUGCCGUGCGGUCUGUUCUCUCUGGGUCUCCCUGCUACACCAGCGAUCAGGUCCUUUGUGUUGUUGCUGGGUUAAUCAACCCACUUAUUUAGUUUUCACCUUUAUUGUUCAGUGCCGUUUUUCUAGUGUCUCUGCCAUUAUGCAGGAUAGGGAGGAUGGGCCUACUGAUCCCUCUGAGGAUUUUCCUAAUGUUAACCCUGAGGGUGCUAUGGCAUCUCAGGAGUUUCAAGCCUUAUUAGAGGCCACUAUGGCUUCCUCCCUUCAGAAGGCUAUUGCCUCAGCUAUGGGGGCUGUCUCCUCCUCCUUUACCCAGUCUCUGCAAUCUGGGUUUUUGCCUUCCACGGCUACCCCUGCCCCCCUGGGUGUGGGGUCCCCUUCUCCUGCCCAUACUGUGCCGGGUGCCCGUAAGGCGAAGGAUAAAUCUCGUCAUAUCGGUUCCCACUCCUCGAUGCAGGUUUUGCCUGCCAUGACUGACUCGCCUCUGGCGAUCACAGCGCGCAUCCCACGCGCACAAGAGCCCCUGGCCGGGCUAAAAAGGCUAGAUUGUGGAAACGGGCUAGAGACUGGAUGAUGAGUCGGAUUCCGACCGGAGUGUGGAAAAUGAAUCCGAUUUUAUGGAGUACGACUCCUUUGUUAAUGACGAGUCGGGAGAGGACAUACCCCCUACGGGGGCUCCCCCUUCUAGGUCCUCUGCCAACCCCCGAGGUAAGGUCACUGGCCCCGCUGGGGACAAUAAAGCCCUGCUAGACCCACAGGGUAACCCCAUGUUUGACCCGGACGACCUCCGUCACCCGCGGUCUGCCGAAUGGGUCCCUCCGGACCACAUCGCCCAAUAUGUGGCUAAGCGAAUUCGCACGCCCCUAUCCAAAGAAGGCCGCAAUAAGCUGCGCGCCGAGUGCCCACGGCCUUCUCUCCCUGGCGCUGCCUGCAAAACCCCAGAAAUCGACCCACAAAUCGCCCAAUUUUUAAAUAAAUCUGGCUGGAAACCUAAGAAGGGUCUUGAUCAUUCCCUGAAGGGAUGCCAGGAUAGGAUCCUGGAUACGCUGGGCCCCCUGUCGAAGCUGUACGAGCUUCUUGAUGCCGCUAGAUCAGGGGAAUCUGUUUUGGAUGUGGAUGUGGCCAUCGGGUGGGUCCAACGGGCUAUAUGCCUUCUGGGUAACGCCAACACGGCGGUGUCCUCCGAGAGGCGCAAGGCCAUUCUACUAAAGAUUGACCCUAAAUUGGCCGCUAUGUCUGUGGCGGAGCCUGAUUCGGCUGAUGAAGGUCUGUUGUUUGGCACAUCCUUCGUGAAGGACAUGGGGUCAUAUGUCAAGACCUUUACGGCUAUUGACAAGGCGCAGGCAAAUAUGAAGCGCGUCUUCGCGCCCAAGGUUUUCGGAGGGGCCGGGCGUAGCAGGAACCGUCCUCCCGGCCGUGGUUUCCGAGGCUCGUUCCGUGCCACCAGAGGUUCCUUUUUUCCCUCCAGAGGGUUCCAGGACCCGAAAACUCCUUCCUUCUUCCCGGCAAGGGGGAGAUCGUGGGGCUCCAGAUACCCCCGUGGUGGAACUUCGGGCAGACGCCCUUAUGGUGAGUACCCUUUCUUCCCCUCUCGAUCAGGUUCGGGUGGCGGGGAGGCUGGCCUUUUUCUACCUAAGGUGGGCAGAUAUAACUGCGGAUGCUUGGGUUCUGCAAUGCGUAAAGGGUUAUCGCCUAGAGUUUGUUUCCCUGCCUGUUCAAAUUUCUGUUCCCAGGGAGUUGUCUCUCCCACCGGAACAGGACGCGAUGAUCUCCGCGGAGGUCGAGGAGAUGUUUUCAAAGGGUGCCAUAGAAGAAUUGCCGUUCGCCGCCCCAGGCUUUACGAGCAAUCUCUUCUUAGUACCCAAGAAAGGGGGCGGGGUCCGCCCGGUUAUAAAUCUUCGCCCUCUCAACGCGUUUCUGCGCUACCAACACUUUCAGAUGGAGGGCAUCCAUUGUCUCAGGGAUCUGCUGCGGCAGUCGGAUUGGAUGGCCAAAUUGGACCUGAAGGACGCGUACUUCACGGUCCCAAUAGCGGUGGAAUACAGGGACUACUUGCAUUUCACCUGGCACGGACGGCGUUGGCGUUUUACAUGCCUGCCAUUCGGUCUCUCCUCGGCCCCUUGGUGUUUCACCAAGGUGAUGAAGCCGGUGGUGGCGUACCUCCGUACCAGAGGUUUCGCCUCAUUAUUUACCUGGACGACAUUUUAAUUAUGUCCCAAUCGAAAGAAUGCCUGGAGUUGCAUCUGAGCUGGACUAUCAACCUUUUGCAGAAUCUAGGUUUUCUAAUCAACUGGGACAAGUCGGUCAUGACCCCCGCCCAGUCGAUGGAGUUUUUGGGGUUUCAGGUGGAUUCCAUACGGCAAUUCCUCUACUUGCCGGAAUCAAAGAUGAAGGCCAUUCAGAAAGAGCUCCGGCGAGCUCUCCGGGCCUCAGAUCUCUCGUUACGUCAGUUGGCGAGGAUCAUCGGCCUACUGGCAUCCUCCAUUCAGGCGAUAUUCCCUGGCCCGUUGCAUUAUCGAGCCCUGCAGCGGCUCAAGGGGUCACACCUUCGUUCAGGCCACUCUUACGAAUCACGGAUUCGUUUGGACGAGGAAUCCAGGGAAGAGAUAGCCUGGUGGCUAGCCCACAUGGAGGCCUGGAACGGAAGGGCAAUUUUCGGUUCCCUUCCGGACGUAGUCAUAGAAUCGGACGCCAGCUUAUACGGCUGGGGCGCUCGUUGUGGCAACGCCUCCACGGGAGGCAGAUGGUCCGACGCAGAGAAGUCGUUACACAUCAAUUGCCUGGAGCUCCUGGCAGGAGCCUUUGCAAUCCGCAGCCUUACCCCGGGACGGGCAAACUGUUGCGUUCUCCUCAAGCUGGACAACGUAUCAGCGGUCCGAUACAUCAAUCACCUGGGUGGCACCAAAUCCAAGAUGUUGGCUCUUCUGGCGAAAGAGUUUUGGCAAUUCUGCCUUUACAACAACGUCUCUGUGACGGCGGAGCAUAUUCCGGGUCUGGACAAUUCGACUGCGGAUUGGAAUUCCAGACAUUUAAGAGACUCGGGAGACUGGCGCUUGCACGGCUCGGUCUUCCGAGGCCUAGAAGGUCUAUGGGGUCGUUUCGAGAUGGACCUGUUCGCCUCUCGGCUGAACGCUCAGGUACCGAAAUUCUACAGUUGGAGGCCAGAUCCGGCGGCAGUGGCGACGGAUGCCUUUCUUCAAGAAUGGCCCCCGGGUCGCCUCUAUGCCUUUCCUCCGUUCAACAUGAUUGCUCGCACACUCUCCAAAAUGGUUCGCCACGACUGUUGUCUGGUUCUGAUCACUCCCCUGUGGAGAUCCCGUCCGUGGUUCCCUCGACUGAUGGAGUUGUCGAUAGACUUCCCACGGUUGUUGCCGAACUUCCCGGAUCUCCUCCUGGAUCCGGAUGGGAACUCGCACGAACUGGUGAUGCGGCACCAGUUGCCCCUGGUGGCUUGGUUCCUUUCAGGGGACGUUGGAUUGUCCCUAACGUUCCACAGACAACUCUCUUGCUCCUCGAUAACGCGUGGGCCCCGGGCACACGAUCAGCUUAUCGAGCAGCAUGGAAGUCUUGGUCGGGUUGGUGCAUGGAACGGGCAAUGGAUCCCGUAUCUGCCCCUCUCCAUCUGAUCAUGGAAUUUCUCACGUUCCUGUUCGAUUCGGGCAAGGCGUACAGGACUAUCAAUCUUUUUCGCUCGGCCAUUUCUGCCGGACACGAUGGUUUAGAAGGCACACCCGUCGGUAGGCAUCCUUUUAUAUGUCGCCUUCUUAGAGGUAUUCGCCUCGCCCGUCCACCCCGGUCGCGUUUUUCGGCCUUUUGGGACGUCAACAUAAUGUUGCAGUUCCUAUCGGCUUGGUACCCUAACCAAGCAUUGACUCUCAAACAGCUGUCAUCCAAACUGGUUAUGCUGCUUUGUCUUAUCUCUUGUAAGAGAGUCUCCGAUGUCAGGGCCCUGGAUUGGGGUGCCAUCGUGUUUACUCCUGAGGGUGUUACUUUCAACAUCUCCAGGAGGACUAAGUCGGCAUCCAAAUCCUUCGUGUACCCUAGGUUCUCAGGGUGCCCGGCACUCUGUCCGGUGGAUUGUCUUAAGGCUUAUAUGGAUGCUACAAGAACGUUUCGUUCUUCUGAUCGUCAUCCCCUAUUCAUUUCCUUUAAGGCACCUCAUCAACCGGUGUCGACUCCGACGCUAGCGCGUUGGAUUCGUUGGCUUUUAUCCCUAGCGGGUAUAGACACUUCUACCUUUACGCCUCACUCCGUGAGGGGUGCCAUGGCCUCGAAGGCAUCUUUAGUGGGUUGCCGUCUGGAGGACAUCAUGCGAGCUGCAGACUGGUCUCGUGAGUCCACCUUCCGAGACUUCUAUUUCAAACCAAUUGAACACAUCGCAUCUCAGAUAGUAGCACAGCUUUGAACUUGCAUAAUAUGAGCCUCCGUGUCUUUAAUAAAAUUCCUAGAUUUUACUAGUAUCAUGACGUAAAGUCAUGAUUUUAUUAAAGACACGGAGGCGAGUAUUAUUCCCUCCCACCCUCCCGGUGUGGGGGUUUGCGAGGGAGAUGCGCUUUUUUGGAUUUUCCAGGUAUGUUACAUUUUGGUCCUCUUUUUUGUCUUGACUUUCGUUUGAAGCAUAUAACUGCUUGAUGUCAAUCAUAUGUUGUAAUUUCAGAUUUCGUUUCAGUUUCAUGAAUGACCAACAGUUCUGACUGGUAAGCAAACAGUUUGGGUUUAGUUAUUACCAUAUUUCUCUCUCUCUUUUAGCUUGAAGUUGUUGAAGCGCUUCCGUUCCUGUUUCUGACCAUGUGGGAUAUCGUUUCGUCUUAGCUGGUCCUCGGUUUUCGCAAGAAAGAGGGGGAUUGUGGGAGACACAGGCCUUAUAUAGCCACUUCCUAUGUUAUGCUAUUGGUUGCCUGUGUACUUAUACAGUUUUUUUUUUGCUUUCAAUUUGAUAAUAUUUAUAUUCCUCUAUCUUUGCUGCUGAGGAAAUAAAGAAAGAGUUAUGCAUAAUACUCGCCUCCGUGUCUUUAAUAAAAUCAUGACUUUACGUCAUGAUACUAGUAAAAUCUAGGAAUUAUGCAACACUGUUCUGGAGCUUAGAGAGACCUAUUAAUGACAAAAAUCAUAUUUAAAGUGACCCCGUACACCACACAUAAUAUUCAUGAAUAAGUUAUUACAUAAGUGGAGAGGGGGAUUACUCAUAGAAAUAAUAUCAGAUAGUGUACUAAGGGGGGGGGGUGCUAAAGUGCUUUAUGUAGCUGGAGUUUCUCAUUUUGUGACAGUUUACGUAUGUGCCAAUUUCAAUAGAGAUCAACACUUUCAUAACUGGGGAUACAAACACCUCUCUGGCUGCCAAUCAGAAAGCAGAGAAUGGUUUCUUCCUCUUCCGUUAGCUCUGCAGAACUAACAGAAGGGGCACAUUCUCAUUGAGCCUUAUUAUAGAUUAUUGAGAAGAAUUGGAAAGCUGCAAUCACAUGUUUGCUCGAGCUCCAACAUAGACGCUUCGCAAUGAGAAGCCUCUGAUUGGUGUAUUACGUAGCACAGAAUGAAAGUAUGUGUUUAGGAGAGAGGGGAGGGCUUGCAAAGGCUGCAGACAGCAGCAAAAUAACAUGCAGAAAAUAUAAAUGCAUGUUUUCAUUGUGGGUAUAGCUACUAAAUAGUUAAAGGGACACUAUAGUCACCCAGACCACUUCAGCUCAAUGAAGUGGUCUGGGUGCCAAGUCUCUCAGGUUUUAACCCUGCAGAUGCAAACAUAGCAGUUUCAGAGAAACUGCUAUGUUUUCAUUUGGGGUUAAUCCAGCCUCUAGUGGCUGUCUUCCAGACAGCCACUAGAGGCGCAUCUGCGAUGCUGGAGGCAUGUUAUGCCCCAUCGCGCAGAGCGUCCAUAGGAAAGCAUUGAGAAAUGCUUUCCUAUUGACAGCUUGAAUACGCACGUGGCACUUGCCGCGCAUGCGCAUUCGGCUCCGCUGACGUCGGAGGAGAGGUUACCGGUGCUGGAAUAAGGUAAGUGGCUAAGGGAUUUUAAACCCUUCAGCGCCACGGGAGGGGGACCCUGAGGGUGGGGGCACCCGCAGGGCACUAUAGUGUCAGGAAAACCACUUUGUUUUCCUGACACUAUAGUAGUGAUCCUUUAAAAUGAAAUUGAGUGUUUCUUUAACUGACCAACAGUAAAUUUGCAGAAGGUUGGCAACUUUGCUGUUUUGUUUCUGUAAGUAUAUAAAUUUUGCCCGAUUCUUGCUUUUUACUUAAAUGACUAUCAUACAUUCACUUCAUGUUUUUGGUGGCAAUCUAUAAGUCACCAGUUUUUCUGGUCAAUAAUGUGUUUGUGUUUUCAUCAUGAAAAUGCGUUUAAAACAUUUUCUCACUAAUCUGCACAAUCAAUUAAUUUACUAUUACUUAUUUUUAAAUUCCAUUCUAGUGCCGGUUCAGAAGAUUAUGAUACUAUUGUUCAGAAACCAAGACAAAUUCUCUGCCAGUUUAUAGACCGAAUUCUUACAGAUGUAGAUGUUGGUAAGAUUCUCUCUGUUGCAAUAAUUAGUUGUAUUUGCUUUUGCUGUAAUUGUUUAGGAGGUAGUGUGCAGUAGACAUGUGCACAAAUCCUUUACCACUAAGAUGAAAAAAUCAAAUUCCUUUUAUUCUUUUCCCUAACAAAAUGACCCAUCUGGGGUUUACAUGACAGAUCGAUUCAUUUGGGAGUAGAGUAACUGGCUUUUGAUUUGUUCAUCGUAUGUAAAGAGGAUUUGUGCACGACUAGUAUGGAGUGCCAUUUACCUAUUUUUGUACCACAAUGAUCCAAGACCAUUGUUUAUCCACUAGAUAUGGCUAUCGUUGUUGGUGCUUUUGCAGCAGAUCGUAGUGAGUUCAUAGGUAACUUGACAAUAAUUCGAUCUAAAAAGCAGACUGAAAAAAUCUCAAACAAAUCUAAUUUAGACUUAAUUUUAGCCUAAAUGUUGACAACGCUGGUUGGAAUUGCCCCACAACUCGCUGUUUGUUUAAUAGAUUCUAGUAACUAAGUGUAAACUCUACCCAAGCACCAAGGCAUGUCGGUGAAACCUGCAUAACUUGUUAAUACUUAAUAUUUAAUCCAUAUAAGGCAUUCAGACUCAAUGAACCCCCUUAAAAUUUAGGGGUAAUUUAUACACUUUAAAGACCAUAUUCAGUAGCAUGCAAAUUAUAGAAAAUAGAAAGAGAUUGUGAUACCACUGUAGUUUUAUCUGGUCUCCAAGAUACUAUUAAUUGAAUGAAAAUGUGUGUGCGCAUGCACUACGCUGGCCUUAUUUGUCCCUUUUACAACUAUGCAGGUGACAUAGAGAGAGUUAGUAAAUAUAUUUGCUUCUUGUAAGCUAUACGUUUACCUGAAUUUUGUGUAGUAUGAUAUCACACCACUCAAAACAAUGGAUUUGGGAAAGUGAAAGUUCUGCAUCUAACAUAUAUUUGUUAUGAUUAAAACAACGUAUAACGAAAGUUACUUUCCAAUGUUGUGUCUGUAGUUUUAGCGAUCAAAUUCAGUUAUUUGUUAGAGAACUUGUUACAAAUUGAUCUAUUCCUCCACAAUUAACUCACCUGUUCUGAUGUCACCUUUUAAAUUCUGCUUGCAGUUGCUGUGGAACUUUCAAAAAAUACCGAAUCUCUGCCAAGUUCUGUCAUGUUACUGGAUUUUAUUAAGCACAUCAUGAAAUCUUCUCCACUCAUGUUUGUUAGUGCCACUGACACUGAUCAAAGAAAUCAAACAGAUAAGAAUUGUAUUGGUGAGUUUUUUUUUUCUUCUUUUUUUCUUCUAUUGUAAGAUUGUAAUAGGGUUUAUAUAUAUAUAUAUAUAUAUAUAUAUAUAUAUAUAUAUAUAUAUAUAUAUAUAUAUAUAUAUAUAUAUAUAUAUAUAUAUAUAUAUAUACAUAUAUAAUUAUUUGGUAUAAACUUAUGACUUUUUACAAGAUAUAAAAUCAUCCAAAUAGGAUGAAACUCUGCUGCCCCAGAAAAUAGAAAGAUAAAGUCCCAACAAAAGCAGAGCUUACUCUAGCUCACCAUUUGAGCUAAUCUGAAUGCUUGAGCACUCAGAUGUCCUUUUCAAGUAAAAUACUCAUUGGCGACAUGAUUAUACAGGACCCCUCUCUAUGCCGUGUCAGGGUGCCCUUGCGACAGUACUCUCGCCAUCUGCAUCAAUUUAUCCUUGUUCUGUAGCGCUGAUUACUGUGGCAUUUUCCUCAGCCACUUCAAGCAUCAAAUUCACUGAUGUCAGACUGUCUAACCCUGUUCUGUCAAAUCUAGUGUAUUUUAUUUGUGUCAUUUCAUUUAUUCUUGUCUUAUCUAAGUGCAUAAAAUUCACUGUACCUUGUACUGUCAAGUCUAUUCUUAGUCUAUAUCCUUAAUAUCACGUUGCUGUUGUCUGGCCCUUUUCUCUCAAGUUAAAGUAUUCAGAGGUAGGGCCUUGGCAAUGUUAACCCCUGCCCUUCUGUCUAGUACUGUACUGACAUAUUCAAAUGUAUGGCCUCGGUGUGCUUAACCUACCAACUUAUCUAAGUGUAUUCCUUUGGCAUGUUAAAGAGUGUGUGCUUCCUUUUCCCAUUGUCCAAUGAAGAUCAUUACUCCUAUGCCAGAAUGUUUUAUUUCAUGUUUUAGUCCUGAUAUUUGUAUUUGACUCCUGUGUCCAGUACAUCUUGUUUUUUUAUAGUUGUUACUAUGUUUGGUAAAAUUGCCUUCCAAACAUAAAACUUCAAAAUGUAUGUAAAUGAAUUGCAUUCUUAAGCCUAAUCGUAUUUAAUAUGUUCUUUUUUUUUUUUUUAAAACAGAGUUUAGCAACUGGAUCAUUACAAGGCUCCUACGCAUUGCCGCUACACCAAGCUGUAAAGAUUUACAUAAAAAAAUUGCUGAAGUCUUUCGGUCCUUGCUCUUUCUUUUCAAGAUGAAGAAGACACACCUUUUUGGAAUUCUUACUAAAGAUUUAUUAAAUCUCUUGGAAGAUCUUGUUUGUUUACAUGAACAGGACAUGGUGCAGUCCAUAAAAUGGCCAGUGACUGUAUGCAGGUUUUUAAGUGAAUCAAGAGAAAAUCUAGCCUACUUGCGUUCUGCUCCAUUUGAGCUCAUGAACAUGGAGCAGGUUGAAACUCUAGAAAUCACUUCAUUAAUGGUCUUGACUGAUAAUCAUGGUGAUAUUUCUGCUUUUUAUUUCCAAAGGCAGAAUCUUUUUCUGUGGGGUAUAGGGUGCAAUUUAUUGGACUAUGGAAGUCCACCUCUUAAGAGUAUAGCUUUACAUUUUAUUAAGGAACUGAUCAAACUAGGUGGGGCACCAGAACAGUCUGCAAAUCUUUUCUUCACUGUGUUUUUUGGAAUGCUAAUAAAUAUCAAAGACAUUGAUCUAGAAGAAAUGUCUCUUUAUGAAAUUCCAUUGUUGGAAGUAGUGAUGGUUUUAUUCCCCUUUGAGUCAGAGUCCUAUCUAAAUAUUGAACCUGUGUACCUUAACAUGUUACUGGAGAAUCUUUCAGCUGUAUUUGAUGGGGGCAUAUUGAAGACCAUUUGUUCUGACCCAUUAAGAAGAGCACUUUGCCAUAUGUUUCAGUAUUUUUUAAGUUUUGUCCCACCUGGCUAUGAAUCUGCACUGGAGGUUCGACAGAACCAUCUAAACCGCAUUUCAAAAGCCUUUGUGGAUGUCCUUGGAGUUCAGAACCAACAACUGGUGAGAUAUUUAGACACUUUGUCCCAGAUCUAAUUUAGUUUAUUUAGAAUUGUAAUAGUUUAUUGUUAAGUUAUAAACUAAAUAUAGCAAAGAGCUAUGUUAUAAUUUCAGUAAUGUGUAAAGGCAAAUUAUGGUACUGUCAACAUAAAGUAUUAGAGAAAAAUUGCCUCUAAUUUUGCUCAUCCUAGUAAAUGCUAUUGAAGUGAUAGUAGAGCGAAAUAUUAAACACUUCCCUCCGCAAACGUUUUGGGGAAUCAAUUACUACAUGUGCUUGUACAUGCUUUUGCAUUGCUUCCAAAAAUACAGUGGGUGUGUGCACACCGUUUCCUGUUAUGUUAUGCAUCUUAAUGGCAUCAACAGUGAUUUCAAUUGUGUGGCAAUUUCAUAUGACGUUAAUAAUAAUAAUAAUACAAAAAUAAAUAAAAGUUAAAAAGAAAUCCACCCCACACAUUAGAAUGUACAUAGAUCUGCUCAUCAUUAGAGGAACUCUAAAGACACCCAAACCGCUUAAUUUCAAUUAAGUGGUUUGGGUUCAAUGCUGUUUAGUAGAUAUGGCAGUGUUAUGAUUGCAGGAUUAACACACCUCUGUUGACAGUCUGACAGCCACUAGAGGCCCUUCCCCUGUGAGAACCAACUUGGACUCUGUUCCCAAUCAACUGUUUCUUAUACAGAGCAUUUGGUUGGCGCAACAGAGUAUUUUGUGGCACAUGACCUUUAGCCUCUCAAUACUUUCAUAUGGAGGAAGCAUUGGUUUGGCUGACUUAUCAAGAUUGAUCAGCCAAGGAGACGGUUCUGCAUAAUGGAGACCGGCAGGGCGAUGGUGUUAAGUAAAUCUUAUUUAAUUCAAUUGGGGAAGGGGGUAGCAAUAAUCCAACUAGGCACUAGGACAAUAUAGUAUGUGUUUGUGACAUUAUACUGUUCUAUUAAGUAACUAUUUUUCCUCCUUGUUCCUUUUAAAUUUAGGACACUGAUCAAACGGCUGUCUUUCUCUAACUGUUCCUUCAGGCAAAACUGUUUGACUUCUUUUAGGGAAGAAGAUCACUCACCACAAGAGUAUGAGAGACUAUGACAGGCCUUUGCUUUUCAUUCUUCAGCAGACCUGGUUAAUUUUUGCAAAAUAAGAGCCCUUCUCAUGACCUCACAUGCUAAAUGAAGACAUUAGGAUCAUAGUCAGAGGACAUUUUAAAGAGGAAUUGUUAUAAAUAGGAUUUGUUUUUACUAAUAACCCCUGUUAUUUAACAAAUGUUUUUACAGGCUUAAACAUACAGCUGUGCAUACCUAUAUGAUAGCUCUGAGAGUCUCCAUAUUGGCUUCCUGUCGGAAGCUCUACCCUAUUCUGUCUUGACAUACUAUUUGAAGUUGAAAAAUUAUAAGCAAUGUUUCUAUUUUUCCUCCAAUACAGGCUCUGUCUGGACAGAACUGGACUGUGAUGCCAGUUAAUGCAACAUUCCAAGCACUGUAUCACUAACUGUAGUGGUUAUGGUGCCUGGAGUGCCCUGGCACUAUCCCAGUGAAUUUGUUAAAUUAAGUUAGAAUACAUUGACUACAAUGUCCCGCCAGGCACAUGCAGUUUCAGCACCUACUUCAGGAUUUUCCUUGCAGGAGAAUCUUGUUAGACGUUCAAUUGCUGAAAGUCUAAACUGAAGGCGCUGGUCACCUUCUCUAUCUUGAGCUAAGCUUUGCUCUGUAGGUCUAGCUCAUUGGCUGAAAGUGAACAUUAGUAAUCGAUUUGACUACUUCUUAGGGGGGGGGGGUGUUGUAAUGUUCCUUGAAAUAAAGAUAUUAAUAAACUUACUUGUAGCUUUAAAGGGACAGUCCACUGCCCAAAUGCAAUAUAAAUAAAAAUCACUGUUUAGUAUAUGUAUCCCAAAUAAAAACGUAUAUGCAUAUAAUUAUACAUUUUCAAUUGGGAAUACAUCUAAAAGCUGCAGAAUUCUUGUAUGCUGCCUUUGCAAUCUCUCGUCUUAUAACCCUGCCCACUCUUUGUUAGAUUGACCAAUCACAGACUUUCCAAUGCAGCUCAAUGAGAAGUCUUUACAAGGUAGGUGUUCUGGCCAAUUGCUGCCUCCUGAGUUCAGCGCCACUGAGGUAACCAGAGCAGAAAGUAACAGGACCUUUUGCCUGCUUGAAAAUCCAAGGGGUUGUAACCAGGUUAAUUUAUAAAAGUGUAAAUUUCUAUUGAAAUCUUCACUUUUUGCAAAAGGAAAACAAAGAGGACACACUCUUCCCACAUAAAGCUUUUUAAUUAGCUAAUGUGCUUUAGUGGUCUGUAAUUUCCCUUUUAAACACUUCCAAUGUAUACAACACUUCCAAUGUAUGUAAAUAUGCUUAUUCAGUUUGCAAGGUUAUUGCUUGGGUAGAGAGCUCAACUGUAAAGUCAUAACUCAAAGCUGCCUUUGUCUUUCCCAGUAGAAUCUACUCUGCCUAAAAUGACUAACAUUAUGACAAGGAAAAUAAAUCUGUAUGAAUGAAAUGUUCACUUAACAAAAAUCUAUACAUAGAAAAUAAAUAUAUAUAGGUUUUCUUUUGUAAGUAAAAGGGGAAAGACUAUGUGCCAUUUCAAUGGUAUUUGGAAAAGAAAUAUAUGGUAGUUGGUGGUGACAUAAUCUUAGAACAUCCGUACUGCUGCUUAUUUAACAAACAUACAUCUAAUUAACCAUUGAUUUUUUUCACAGUAUGUGGUACACCCACUUUAUGCAGCUUUGAGAAACGAUGGCCUGGAAUGUAUUCAUCACCAUCAACGCAUACAGCCUGUAAGCACAGACUCUGAAUCCGGUGGGAGCAGCAGCGAUGAGGUUUUGGAGAAACGACCUCGUUUGAGUCUAACAGCAAAACCAACAAGAAGACACUCUCCAUUAGCAGUGUAAUUAUUUUACUGAUUAUGUUUUCAACUGUUAAUUGUAUUUUUCAAUUGCUUUUUUAUUUGUAAGUGUAUUAAGUAUAUUGUAAAAAAAACAACAACCAUUGUUAACCCCUAAAAGACGGAGGCAAUUGUACAUCUGAGCUAUAGGUCUGUUCUGUUGUAAUUUAAGUGUUUCUGUUCAAGUGCCCCAUACAUAUAAUAUAUAUUUUUCUAAAGGACAAUAGGGCUUUCAUUUAAUAUCUUAUACGUAAAACAUUCCGUAUGAAUAGCAUUUUAAAAAUGGGAAUUUGCAAAUACUAAUACUUAUAAAUGCAGUGCAACUGAUUAAAAAGAAUGCAAAAUAGAUUCACAUAUCAGCUCUGCUUGUUAAAUACCUAAUAUUUUAGGAUCUUUUAACUAAUAUAUUAACUUUUGAUCACACUUGCCCAAUGCUUACACUAAUUCUAACUAUAUACCUACCCUAAUAUUACUCUUAUCCUCCACCCCUCACUAUCUUUAACCCUAAAUCAGCAUUACCCAUACCCAGCAUCACACUUACCUAACCUUAUCCCAAUACUAAGUGUAACCCUACCCUACUUUUAUCCCUAAAUGUACCCUAAGUCUAACCCCACCACUUACUCCAACCUUGUUGCAUAUUAUAAAUGGGAUUUACUGUUUAACACAGUAGAUGGUGGUGUGCUGCCACUAUCUACUAGCCGUUUUCAGAAUUACACUUGGUGUGUAACUUUGAAUUUUCCAGUCGAUAACAUUGUGAUCAAAGUCCAGCACUGGUCGAAAUCAAUCAGAGACAGGGUGGGAGAUCCUGCCAGGGUCUAUUCACACCCUGGAGGGUCUCCCCAAAGCUGCUUGCACUCAAGAAAAAAACGUGGUUUUAUGAAUGAGUUAAAGUGUUCUAGUAGACAGCCACUAGAGGUGGACUUAACCCUGCAAUGUAAAUAUUGCAAUUUAUGAAAACUGCAAUAAUUACACUAGCAGGGUUAAGAGUAGUGGGAGUUGGCACCCAGACCACUCCAAUGGGCAGAAGUGGUCUGGGUGCCUGGAGUAUCCCUUUAAGGUUUAUUUUUUUACUGAAUAGUUCACAUAAAGUGAAUACAACAGAAUUGUAAUGCUAACCUACAGUUUCACAUAAACUGCAGAGCAAAGAAACUUACUCAAAUGAGCCUGAGUGGCCCAUUCUAUUUUUCUCUCUUCCUUAUUUGGUAAAAAAAAAAAAGCCCAUGCCCACAUGUGCUAGUGUGAUAUUCUUAUGUUCUCCAUAAUUUUAAAAGGUAGUCCAAAGGUUGAACCCCUUGUCACUGUACCUAGAAAGUUAUCAGCUACACUUGCCCUCCAAUACCCUAAGAAUGCUAGAACAAUAUUCUGGGGUUGUUGUAUCUCCAGUGUAGAGGGAUUAACAUGUGUUUUUGUUGUAGGCCGUUGAUUGGGAUCAGUCUCAUAAACCAUUCGUCUAAAUUCCCCUUGAGAUGGCACAACUCUUUUAAAGGGACACUCCAGGCACCCAGACCACUUCUGCCCAUUGGAGUGGUCUGGGUGCAAACUCCCACUACCCUUUUUUAUAAACUGCAAUAAUUACCUUGCAGGGUUAACUCCACCUCUAGUGGCUGUAUACUAGACAGCCACUAGAGGGCACUUCCUGGUUUCUAGCACAGGAAACAUGUCCAGAGCGUCUCUGGACAUCCUCACGCUGUGUGAGGACCUCCAGCGUCACUCAUUUCCCCAUAGGAAAGCAUUGAAAUGCCUUUGCAAUGCUUUCCUAUGAGGAGCGCUAAUGCGCUCCCCGGAUCAGGUCUCCCCCGAUCAGUCUCGCCCACCGGCCGACGCAAUGCAGAGGAGGAGCGGCGGCGGAGGAGGAAGCAGUGACGUGGGACAUUGUCGCUGUCUCUGGUAAGUUACUGAAGGGAUUUUCACCCCUUCAGCAACCGGGGGGUGGGGGGUGGGAGGGAGAGGGGACCUGCAGUGCCAGUAAAACGGAUUGUUUUCCUGGCACUGGAGUUUCCCUUUAACACUUGUUUGAGAAAUGAACUGGGACUAACCAUAGUUAUCUAUUGUUAUUGUUCUCAUAAAUUGAUUCAGUCCAGCUUUUUUUGCAAUUAAUAUCAUUAACUUGAGAAUGUGCAACAUGUGGAUACCUGCAGUUGAGGAUAGGAUUAGCAAGCAAAAGCUCAUUUAAAUAAAAACUAUUUACUCUAACUGAUAUUAUUUAUCAUCGAUUCCAGGACUGUCCCAGUGGAUAUGAAAUCCAAGAGUUCAUUGUGGAGAGAUGUCUCUAGAAAGUUUUCCUCUUUUCUUCACUCUCUUGAAAGUGGCAGCCUGACUGAAGAGGAAGUAUUGUCUUCUCUGGAGGGUGUUACAGUAACGUUACAUGUUGCUGCUCUUUGCUCAGUUCAUAUAUCAAGUAAUGAACAUACAAUGUACGUAUAUAUGCUUAUACAGUUCAAACAAAGCCCAACAGACUAAUAUUUUGUGCUUCCUUACUGCUGCACAAACCGUUUUGAGGAAACAAGGGAAUUAGCUGAGGCUAUUUGGAGCAGUUGUGACCAAAUAUAUUUAUGAAAGUUGGACCUUGCUACUACAUAUGUUUACUAUUUCUAUUCGUAAAACAAUGCUUUUUAUAUUCACAGAACAAACCAAAAAGCUUCAGGCAUUAGUGACAGCAGUUGUGCUAAGCUUUUAGAUACAAGACCACAACUUUUCUGGGUUAGUCAUGAUGACAUUAUGGAAACUGUUAAGAUUUGCAGGAAACUACUUGAAUUGGGACACCAGAUAACCAACUUGAAAUCUGUAUGGAUCAAGAUUGUGAAAAUAUUUGAUGCCUUACUUUACUUACAUGGUAAGACAUGAGGCACAAGUAUGUUUUAUUUUUUUAGGUAUUGGGGAUUUAAAGCAAAUAGCUAAUUAAAUUGCCUGUCGGUAGGUAACUGUGUAGUGCAGAGUAAGCCGUACAAGUGAAUGCAAAUGCCCACCCUUCCAGAUUUACCUUGCACUAGGUUAUGUGUCUAGUUUGUAUAUUGCAUAUUUCACUGUCCACAAGUACACCACUUUUACAUUUCAAAUUCUUCCAAAUUUCUUUAGUACAGUUAUCAUAGGGCUUGUAUCAAAUUAACCAUAUUAAAGGGAUUCUCCAGUGCCAGGAAAACAUAUUCAUGCCCCCGGCGGGGGAGACAGAAUGCACAUGCGCAGCAAUGGCUGCGCACGCGCAUUAGACCUCCCCAUAGGAAAGCAUUAUACAAUGCUUGGCUGUGGGGAUUUCGGCGACGCUGGAAGUCCUCACAUAGCGUGAGGACGUCAAGCGUCGUUUUAAAACACUUUUCGUGUUCUAUGAACACGGAAGUCCCUCUAGUGGCUGUCUAGUAGACAGCCACUAGAGGUGGAGUUAACCCUGCAAUGUAAAUAUUGCAAUUUAUGAAAACUGCAAUAAUUACACUAGCAGGGAUAAGAGUAGUGGGAGUUGGCACCCAGACCACUCCAAUGGGCAGAAGUGAUCUGGGUACCUGGAGUAUCCCUUUUAAGGUUUAUUUUUUUUUUACUGAAUAGUUCACAUAAAGUGAAUACAACAGAAUUGUAAUGCUAACCUACAGUUUCACAUAAUAAUAAUAAAAAUAAAUAAAUUGGAAGCUAGAAACACAUCUCAGUCAUCUAACUAAUCUGUUAAAGCAGAAAGGUGAACUAUAAGUUUAAUUGGUAAGAAAACACUUAAUGUUACUGUCUUUCCUUUGGAAAUCCUGAAUUUGAGAGAUUUAUAUGUAAAAGGGUUUAUUAAUUAUAUAAUUAUUACUUAAGCUAUGACAUAUUUACGUGCAUAUAUGGAUAUAAUUGUCAGAGUUAAUGUUACUCACCUGCGCUCUCUAUACAUACUGCAAUAAGGUUUUGAUCUACCUCCUCUGUGUUUAAUAUAAAAACCGAUGAUGGGCAUAGUAUUUUAUUUAUUUAUUUUAACGUUCCUGUUUUUUUUCAUUCCAGUUAAGAGCCAAAUAAGUGACAAAAUCCUCAGGGAUGUUUGCAACUUGAUUUCUUUGCCUUGGCUUCAUAUUCUUUCGAACCAUCCCUCCUUUACAAUGUCAGCGUUUGAUCCUGCAUUUGUAAACUUAAGUCACCCGAUCUGUGAGAAUUUAUGUAAGUGGUUACCAAAUGCAUAAAUUUAUGACAACUAUUAUUGUGAUAUAUGUUAAUAAUUUCACAGAAAUAUCAAAAGUCUUAGUAUAAGUCAAAAUAAAGUGCAAGUUUUUUCCCGUUAUCUAUGAUAAAGCUCUUUACAUUGGUUUACUAGAGAGCAAUUAUGCAAUUUGUUUUUUUUUUAUUAAGAUGCAUUAAAAAAAAUUAUGCUUAAAAAAAAAUGUUAAAAUCCUGUUCAUCUCUACUUACUAUUUAUGCUGCUUCUGCUGUAGCAUCUACCGAAACAGCAAAUGGCUGACGCCUGUUCUUGUGUUUCCUGUUCUUGAACCUCUUAAGGACACAUGACUUGUGUGACACGUCAUGAUUCGCUUUUAUUUCAGAAGUUUGGUCCUUAAGGGAUUAAAGAAUGAUUCACCUAUUUUUUAAAACAAGGAUAUAUCCUUUAGACCUGUUAAAAGCUUCCAUUUGCUUGUGUGAGCACCUUGCUUUCCCAAGAAUGAGAAGUGUUUCAGUGUGUCUGAACAGAAUUCAGUGAAUUCUGAAGUUCGAUUCCAUAACAUGCUAAACUUAAUUAUGAGCCUGGCACUGUUGUAAUCUGUAAUGGUCAAACCCUUAGUUCGAUUGUUUAUAAGGUGUACAUGGAAUGUUUAAACAAAUAACAGGUGUAAUAUGUGUCUGUAUGUACAAACCAGCAACAGAUAUGUAUACAUAAAAACUUAAAGGAAUACUAUAGUGUUAGGAAUACAAAGCGUAUUUUGUAAGGCUAACAUUGUUAUUUUCUUAUCUUCAGUGCAUCUCCUGACUUUGAACCUUUGUAAUGUCGGGGUGGCCACCUUUAUUCUACUUUGGUCAGAAGCACCAUUUAUCAUUAUACACGAAUAACAAGAACUGAGCAUAUAAAAAAUGUACUCUGGAAAGAUUUGCAUAGUAUUAGCAGAAGAAAAGUGCAUUUGACCAAAGUGGGCUUGAAAGGAACUCCCCUUGGAUUAAAAAUAUGCCAGGAUAUAAUUUUAUAUUUAUAUAUAUUAAGGGAGAUUUGGAAAUGCCCUAUAGGAGGUUUACUGAAAAGAGAUAUCAACUUAUAUGUGUUCAUUACAAAGUAAUGCACAACCAGGCUAUGUUACAUGUCAUAUUUUUCUUUUCAGUAAUAAUACAAAAUUACACUUUUCAUGUAAAUUGAUCUGCCAUAUCUCUUUUUUAAGAAUGCAUGUGUAAUACAAUUCCAUUUGGAAGGGGCCGACAAAGGGCUGGAAAUAGUGUUGUGUUUUUUUUUUCACUUUUAGUAAAAAACAAGAAGUGCUUUGGAUAGGACAAAAUAAGGAUGAUUUUUUUUUUGCACACUUGCCCGUUGGAUGUAUAUAUUCUCCAUUGUGGAAAUUGUUUUGCGUUGUACAGGUUUUUAGAACGAAAUAAAAACUGAACAGUGUUGAUAGUUUUAUAACCCUAUGCUGUUAGCUGAUUUUGAAAUAUUUAGCAAAUGGUUGAAAAGAUACCACAAAUAUUUUACUGUUCCAUUUUAUUCCAGGGGUGCUCAAAAGGUAGAUUCCUGGAUGUUGUAGAACUACAGCUUCUAUGAUGUUUUGUCAUUCUAAAGCAUUCUAAACGCAUACAAAGCAUCAUGGGAAUUGUAGUUUUACAACAUCUGGAGAUCUACCUUUUUGGCACCCCUGCUUUAAUCAAAUUAUCUGUUGUAGAUUAACUAUGAAUCCUAAACUCAACUGAUAAACUUGUGUACUUGUAAGUUGGCCAGCUCUUCAUUUUCAGGAGGGUAAUUUCAAGUUCACUAAAUAAUUAAGUUUGUGUAUAAUAUAUAUAUAUAUAUAUUUUUUUUUUGCAUAUAGUAUUCUUACAAGGUAUAUAUUUCUAACAUCAGCUCCUGUGACAGAGUCCCAACUCGUGUAUCUGCUUUCAUUGUUUCCCAAUACCAUAAUCACUGACUGGAGAUUAGCAGUUUAUCUUCGGGCACUCGAGAGUCCUCAUGAGAUUGUUCGUGCCCACUGCAUCAAAGGAUUUCCUGUCCUUUUACGCAAUAUAAGCCAACAAACGUAUGGUCCCAUCCCUCAGAUUUUCAUGUAAGUAUUAAAAACUGUGCAACAAAGUGCCUGUAAAUUAGUUCUAUGUAUAUUUCCUUUAUAGCAAACUACUUACUAUCUCUGCAGGCUUUUUAAUGUAAACACUGCCUUUUCAUAGAAAAAGCAGUGUUUACGUUACUGUCUAGCAACACCACGAGUGGCCAUUCGGCAUCUCCACUCUUUGAAUAGAGACGCUGAAUGCUUCUCAUAGAGAUACAUUGAUUCAAUGCAUCUCUAUGAGGAGAUGCUGAUUAGCGCAGCGUUUUACUGCAUAUGUGCAAUAGCCUCCCAAUUCUUUCCUAUGAGAAAUUAGAUCAUUUCAGCCAAGGAGACCUGGAACAAAGUUGAGUAAAUCACCUUUUUAGCGGCGAUAAGGAGGGCCAUAGCAGAGCAGUGACUUCUGUUUACUGAAAGUUGCCAUUGUGAAUAAUUAUUUUUCAAUUAUCCUUAGACCUCCUCGAAGAGAAGCAUUGGAGACCUACAUUGCAUGCUUGUCAAUCAUAUUAUACGAUUUCUACGCUGUGCUUAAUGACAUUGAACAUGAAGAGCAUCAGACAUUUAAGGUCUUAAGGAGGAAGUGCCUCUGACUACCGCUAGACCAGGGAUUGGCAACCUUCGGCACUCCAGAUGUUGUGGACUACAUCCCCCUUAAUGCUCUCACACCCGUAAUGCUGGCAAAGCAUCAUGGAAGUUGUAGUCCAAAAUAUCUGGAGUUCAAAAGGUUGCCUAUGCCUGUACUAAAGACAUGGUCUUGGAGUAAUGUCAACGUUGCCUUUUCUCAAGAAAGGCAGUAUAUUAUAUCGUCUCAGUAAAGGGACAGCAUCUGUGCAUCAAAACAUCUUAAUUAAGAUGUUAAAUACACAUGGGGAUUUUUUUAAAAAAUUGUAUUGUUACUAAUUGGCGUAUGACAUGAUUUUGUAAUUUUUAAAAAAAAAAAUUUUUUUUUAAAAGAGAUAAAUUAACCCGGGUUUUAUUUCACCAUUUCUUUUGCCGUGUUCUGAAAUGUGUAUUUGUGUUUUUGGGUAGUGAUAACUUAAACGAUGACUCAGAGAUGGUGAAAAGGGAGUUUGCCAGUGCCAUGGGCAAGUUGGCAUGUGGUCUUGCUGGUGGUUUUGAAAUCCACAAUUUACCUGUGGAGCCCCCAGCAGAUUGUGAUCUCCUCUGCACAAGCUUAAAAAUGAUCUCCGUCACACCUCCUGAAUCUUCUCAUGCAAGUGCCUCCAUUUUUAAGCCUUUCUUAGCACUUCUGGAAAGAAAUGUCCCAAGCUCUGUCAAAAUAGGUAAGUAAUAAAGAGUUUUAUAUCUGUAGCGUGACUGUGCAUGAUUAACUACACCAGGCUCAGUAUUGAAUAGGCUAAAAUGUAUUCAUUUAUUUUGAAUGGUCUUUGUUACCCAUAUUUGUUUGAGAUGCCAUGUAUUUUUUUUUUUAGUAGAAGCAUAAAAAAAAUAGUUUACAGAAGUCAGCAACAGUAUUCUGCAACUAUUGUGGAACUACAUCUCCUGUGUGUGACUACAAACAAUACAUUUAUCAAUGAUGCAGUUAUUGAAUGUUUAUGAGAGAAAAGUGGAAAACUGUGCAAUGAGUUGUAACUACUAAAAUUAUUGAUAACGAUAGACCUAAAGACUGCUGCAGACUGUUGUAGAGUGCCUUUAACGAACACAUUGCAUUUAGUACCACAGAAGUGUUAAUGUGUAUGGAUGCACUUGGUUAAUAUCGGUUUGCUUUUUCUUUUUAGCCUUCAUUGAAAAUAUCCCUGAGCUUUUGACCCAUCUUGAUAUUAAGAAAAAUGAAAUGGAUUCAAGAGCUGUAAUUGAGGCUUUACUCAACCUCAUGGAGGAUCCAGACAAAGAUGUUAGAAUUUGUUUCAGUGGAAAAAUCAGGCAUAUUUUCGAGGCAACAGACUGUGAGCAAGGUUAUUUGAAAGAGGUAAACAAUAGAUUUUUUCUGACAAGUGUGUGCGAGCACUCUCCACCUCACGUGGAAUGUUUCUUGUAAAGUGAUGUCGGUAAACAAACAAAUGGAAAUAAAUUUUUAUAGAUAUCAGAAUUUCCUGACGGGAUUGGAGAUUUGUAAAAUGUAUGAAAAUGUAAAAAUACAUAAACUCUGUCAAUAAUUAAUUGGGAUUGUGGGACAGGGCAGAGACCAUGGCUUCAAUCAUAUAUUUUGGCAUAAGCUUUUCAAAUGAUUUCAGAUUUUUGGAUAAACUUUUUGAACAAUUUAUUUUUUUGGAUACAUUUUUAAUAAUCUUUUGAUAUUUUUUUUUAUAUGAUGCAUUUUUUGAAAAAUAUAUAAAGACACAGUUCUAUUUCCUUAAUUGGAGCAAUAUGGAAUUGUUCUCCCAAACCUGCAUGUGGAAUUGUAUUACAUGUCCUUUCUUGGCCAUAUAAAUGCCGUGUGUGAACUGCAAGAACCUGAAGCUGUCGUACAUUUUUUCCCAACAUUUGCAGCUCCUUGUAAGCCGAAUGAAAAGGGCUUAUACAAAUGCAAAAAUUACGCGAGAUAAUGAGAUGAAAGACACUCUGAUUCUUACAACAGGAGACAUAGGCAGGUGAGUUAGAAGAGCAUUUUUCCUGUGUUCCAACUUGAAGCUGAGGGAAGGCUGUAUAAUGCAGAACAGGGAAGGAACAGUGUUAUCUUGAGCUAGAACAUUGUGCAUACUAUAUUAUCUGCCCUAAGAAUUCUAGGAACUGAUUACAACAAAAUCUAGUGAAUAUUAAACUUAUUUAUGAAUGUAUUAAGGAUUGGAUGCAAGAAGCCAUUUCAGAGCAGGAAUGGGUGUACUCAAUUUGUUAUGGUAGGAGUAAAAUAUUAUUUAGAGAUGUAGACCCUCAGUUCUAUUAUGAAGUCUCACUAUUUAGUAGACUUUAUUAUGUACUGUUUAUUUGUUCUUUGAGAAAAGUCAGUUAUCUAUAGGUUAAAAUGCAGGAAGGGGGCUACCUAAAAAUAUACUAUUUAUGAAAGCAGCUACCUAAAAAUAUACUAUUUAUGAAAGCAGCUUUUCUACAAUGGCUAAUACCACUAAAGGGGAAUAGGAGUAAACAUUUGUAUUGACAGUUUAUAAAUUGUUUAUUUAGCAUAUACAUCUUGUUGUGCUGCAAUAUCAUGAUUAAUGCUCAUAAAGGGUGCAUCAGUCAUGUUUCAGUUUUUCAAUUUGCAGAGCAGCCAAAGGAGACAUGGUACCGUUUGCCCUUUUGCACUUGUUACAUUGUCUAUUGUCUAAAUCAACAUCCGUGGCCGGUGCAUCAUACACAGAAAUCCGAUCUCUGGCAGCAGCAAAAUCCAUCAGACUGCAAGAUUUUUUCAGCCAAUACAAGAAGCCUAUUUGUCAAGUGAGAGACAGUUAAAGGAACAGUAUUAUUAUUAUUAUUUAUAAAGUGCCAACAAAUUCCGCAGCGCUUUACAAUGGGUUAAAAAAUAUUAGAAGAUGUACCCCCAAAAGGAAGAAUGUGUGCCAUUCGUACUGCUUGUUUUCUAUGAGUGGUUUAUGAAAUCUUAGCUUUCAAUAGCUUCAACAAUAGCAGCUGCUGCAAGCCCCUUUCCAAACAUAAGCUGCUCUUCGAGAAACUUCAUGGACCAUUCAUUGCUGUCCAAUCACAAACUUCUCAGUGAGCUGUAUUGAAGCUAAUUGAAAAAUCUUUCUGCAUGACAUUUUGCAGUGUGGCAAACCCCUUGAAACUGACAUGCUAAAUUGUUAUAAUGAAUAGAAUGUCUUGUACUGUUUUUUUUUUUUUUUAAUCGGUAAUAUAUUUUUAUAGCAAACUUUUAAUAAGGGCCUUUUUGCGGUAACAUUUCUCAGUUAUUCAGUGCAGGUUUGAACUGCAUGUUUUGAUUGUGUUCUAUCCAGUUCCUAGUUGAAUCCCUCCACUCAAGUCAGAAGGCUCUCUUCAGCAAUUUACCUGGUCAGAGCCCGGAGGUUCUGAAACAGGAGGCAGCACAUCAGAGAGAAGCAGCCCUGGAUAUUCUAUCUGAAAUAGCCAAUGUCUUUGAUUUUCCUGACCUGAACCGAUUUCUUUCAGUAAGAAUUUCAGAGUUUUUUUUUGUUUACUUAAUUGUAUUUAUUGAUCUCCAUAUUGCCAAUUGUCCUCUGUAGAGUUUUGGCAUACACAUUUAGCUAUUUUUAUUUCAGACUUUUACUAGGAUUCUCUACAAACACAUCUGCACAGUUUGUUUAAAAAUCUAUCUUUACAAUUAAAUUAAAGCAAAUGUGUUCCAAUAUGUGCUACGACCAUUUUAUUUUGUAAACUUGCAUGUGGCUGCAUCAUGGAGAUAAGAUUUGUCAGGGUUAUUGAGUGAGCAUUGCCAGGAAUCCAAAGUGAAUUCAAACUGAAUUUAAAAUUUAAGUCCAAAAUAGCUAAAUUGGACAAAUUCACCAAUUCAAUUAUAUUUUUAGUUUGAUUACUUUAACCAUAUAGUGUGUAACCCUUCCUCUCCUGCCUCAACCAAAAAAAAAAAAAAAAUGUGGUCAGCAAAAGCAGAAUUCACUUUUCAUUAGCAGAGCUGAAGCGUUGGGACUUGCCUAAGCUCUUCAAAUGGUUUGACACUAAUCUAUCAGGCGGUUCCCAAAAUCUCUUAACACUAUAACUAAACUAAGUGGUUAUGGUGCUUACGGUGCCCCUUCAGUCCCAGCAUUAUUAAGCACUUUUUGUUUGAAAAAAAUUUAGCAUAACAUAUAUUUGAAGAAAGGGAUGCAUAGCUAGCAUAUAAACAUAUAACAUCAAUUUUGUCCAUAGAUUGCUGUGCUGACAUACUUUAAAAUUAUGUAAACUUGCACACUGUUGAUUUUUCCCUUAUUCAUUCAUCCUUUAUAAUAAAAAAAAAAAAAAUAUUUGGGAAAGGAGAAGUUUUAGACAGUAUGCAGUGUCCUUUAUCUUGCAAUAUUUCACACAGGGUCUGAAAUGUUAGUAUAAAUGCAAUUUCAAAAAAAAAAAAAAAGGCAUUUAAAACUGAUAUAGCAAUCUUCAUUAAUCUUUGACAUGCUAAUGUUAUGCUAACAGUGAAAUUGUAGAGUCCAUUCACUCCUCCCCCCUCCCUGAUUGUAGUAAUGAUAUGUCACAUAGAAACUCCCUCUACCGUUUCGAAGCAGCUUGCAUUUUCAGCACACUUGUAUGCAUUAUAUCAGCGAGUAGUGCCAUCUGACAGAGAAAUGUGUUCAUCUACAUUUAUUCCUAAAGUAUAAACAAAUAGUGAGGCUUUAUGGAAAUAUUUUCAAACAGCAAAAUACAUAAAAGUAAAAACUUUAUACUUGAUUUUGGUAGUGAAUGGGUUAAUUCUGUCAGAACAAUGCAUGCAAUACAAUUCAAUAUUUAAUUUUUGUUUUUUUCUAAUAUUUUUCCAGCGUACUUUGCAACUCUUACUUCCAUAUCUCGCAGCCAAAGCCAGUCCCACAGCCUCCUCUCUCAUCCGAACAAUUGCUAAACAACUUCAUGUAAACCGAAGGGAGAUCCUAAUUAAUAACUUCAAGUACAUAUUCUCUCAUCUUGUCUGCUCCUGUACAAAAGAUGAACUAGAGAAGUCGCUUCAUUAUCUAAAGGUAGGUGGAACUGCUGGACUUAGAAAUAGUUAGUAGAUUAUUAAAUUAUUCCAUUUUCUUUCCCAUAAAUUCUUCAUCGCUUAUAUUUUUGUUCAUAAACAUUUUAUUCUCAUAGAAAUAUAUAUAGAAAAGUUAACACGCCGUAAAAUAUAUUUUAAAAAAAUAAAUAAAAAAAUAGAAUCUCAUUGGGUUGUAUGUUAAAACCAACAGUAAUUGUAAUAGUAAUAUUGCACUCAAAAGCAUUAAUAAAUAACACUCUUCUCUCUUUUAAACUCUCUCUUAAAAAUAACAUUAUAUAACUAAGAGGGACACUCUACGCACCUAAACAACUUCAACUUCAAAAGGUAUGUUUCCAUGCAAGCCAGUUUUGUGAAUGGGGAACCACUGAUUGGUGGAGAGCACCAGCUAUCAGCCAAUCAGCUGUGCCAUUGCCAGGCGGCACUCCACACUUCCUGAAAAUUCUGAAGCCUGAUGCCGCUUGGGGGAGUGGACAUCUUGGCUGCAGGCAUCUUUGUUAAACUGUUCGAGAACUGUUUAACUCCUUGAGGUAAGAGUGCCUCUGUCGGCCUUCUGGCAGCAUAAGAACUUCCUUAUAGAUGAAGUUGUAUUGGUGCCUGGAGUGUCCCUUUAACUAGAGGUAAAUGUUUGUAAAAAUACAAACAAACAAACAAAUGUGUAAAUGGACUUUAGGUCCAAUCGAACCAAGUCUCCAGAGUCAUUUAAGCCCUCCUGAGUACAUUAUGGUGUUAAAUAGUAGAAUAAAUAUUACAGCUAAAAGCGGGAGAGGCAGGAAACUUUCCAGGCAGUAUUUUAAGAGACUGUAAUGUAACUUUAACAAUAUGUGUAAAGCAAGAGGCAUAUUGUCUUGCUUAUUUGUGACUUAUUGACAUACAUAUUUAAUAUGUUAUUUGUGGGGAUGAUUUGUCUUUGAUUCAUUGUUUUGUGUCAUUGGAUAUAGUCAAGAAAGAAGAGUUCUCUAUAAUUGCUGUUUUCCUUGUUCACACAGUCUUGUAAAUUGUUUUACUCAAUGGUUCAACUGACCACAGUUUUGAUUGAUCAUUUUGGUUGCAAAUUUCAGUGUUUCACGUAUUGAAAUAUUUGCACUUUUUGUUGCACCCUUGGCACAUGUGACUUAGACUGCCCGUAACAGUAAAAUAUCAAAUCGGUGCCAAAAUUACUCCUGCUGUAUUUUGGACCGAUUUCUUUAUCCCCGGAACAGAAUGAAACUGAAAUUGAAUUGGGAAGUCUCCUGAGACAGGACUACCAGGGUCUGCACAAUGAACUGCUCCUACGACUGGGUGAGCACUAUCAGCAGGUCUUCAAUGGGCUCUCCAUUUUAGCAUCCUUCGCAUCAAAUGAUGAUCCAUACCAGGGACCCAGGAACAUCACUAAACCUGAGAUAAUGGUGAGAUUAUCAGUGUUUAUGUUUUUGGUUUCAAAUGUUUGACAUGCAUGCCUCAAUGUUACUUGUCCUUUUAUGAUAUGAUGAAUGUAUGGGACAAUUAAUAUAUAGUAUAUUUGUACUUAUUUUAUGUGUACAACUCUUUAACUCUUUAAACUCCAGGAACACCAACAGCUUUGAUGUAUAUAAAAAAUCAUUAUUAACUUGCUGUACCUGGUUUCAUACAUAUGUUUAAAAUUGUCUUGAUAUAAAAAUAUGCUUUACAGCUUAGUGGUAACCCUGGUGUCACAUUGGAAUGGAAGUAACAUAUCCUAAAGGUAACAAUGUGAUCUAUACCAUAACUCCAUGAUCCCUAAUAUAAAGUGCACUCCACCUCUGGCCCACACUCUUAUUCUCUGACAUAAAUCAAGUUUUGGCAUGUCUAACAUUUUUUAGUUUGUCUUACUUUUAAAAUAUUUGGUGAAUCCUUGACUUGUGCAGAGCCCAAAAAAAUUGGUUUGGCUGAGUAGAGGGGUAGUGGCAAACAGAAGAGGCUAAUAGUGUAGAAUGCUGCAAACAUUUAUAUUAUUUUUGCAAACUCUAACUAUAUUUGGUUAUUUAAAUAACUGCAGCAUAUCAAUAAACUAAAAACCUAUGAAGUACAUUAACAUUGUCUUAGUUUUAGUGCCUGUAGUUUCACUUCAGAAGCUGGCAAAGAGAAACAAUACGGAUCCUCAAGACCAAAAUAAAUGUCAAUUUGAUUUUUUCCCAUAGCCUUGUAUAAAGACAAUAAGCCAGGUGGUGGCAGACUUGGUAGCAGAGUGUGUGAAAUUAGUUUGAUAGAAGAUACCAAUGUGAAAUGGAAUAAAAGAAAAGGAAAUGUAGAUUUAAAUCUUUUAAAGUAAUAUGCUGAUUGUUUAUUGUUUCCUCAUUGUUCCAGGCAGACUAUUUACAACCGAAACUCUUGGGAAUUUUAGCUUUCUUCAAUAUGCACUUACUGAGUUCUAGUAUUGGCAUUGAAGACAAAACGAUGGUAAGUCUACAAAUAUCAGUAGAAUGCUGACAAGGUGAUUCACUAAAAUGAAAAUUGUCAGGGCUUCAAAGUGAAUUUAAAAUUUACGGUCAUCCUAGUUGAACUAGAAAAUUUACUUUCAGUUGGGCUCUUUUGACCUUGGCUCUGUCACCGUUUGGGGUCUUUGCAUAAUUUGCAAUGACCCCCAACAGUGAUUUAUUUGCUGUGUGUGUAUUGACCACAGAAUGCAGGGGAAGGUGAGCAGUACUUAGGAGACCAGGUCAUUGUUGUACUCAUGCGCCUGUGUGAGAGAACAACACUGAGGACUAUUGAGGAUCCCCAUAUUCAUUGCAUCUUUAUGAGGAGAUGCUGAUUGGUGCAGUGCGGCGUUUUGCUGUGCAUGCGAAAUAGUCUCCCAGUCAAAUUAGCUGAGAUCAUCAAGAUUGAUGAUUUCAGCCUUGGAGGUGGGGCCAGCCGCCAUGAGACCAGGGUGGAGAGGGAGAAAACAUGAAUGAACUUACUUUUUAACUCCACAAAAAAGGGGGUCGGUCACCUAAACAUUUAUUUGAGCACUAUAGUGUUCCUUUAAAAUAAGUUUCUUAAUACUUUUUUUCUACCUAAAAAAAAAAAAAAAAGUUUAGUUUAGUUUUGUACUCAAAAGCCGAGUUUGUAAAGAUGUCAUAAGCAGUAUCUUCUCUCCAACCGGUAAUAUGUGUUUUAAAACUUGUUUUAAACUUCUCAUAAAUCAAGGGUUACUUGACAUAGAAUAACUACUUCUGAAGUUGUUGAUAUAGCUUGUAGAUUAUUUUAUUGACAAAUACUUAAAUAAGACUUGUGCCAGUUAUUUCUGAUAUAAUUGGUGUCAGUCCCACACCUCCAUCUUGUGGCAAAACAAUAUAUCUACCUCUACAGGUAUCAUUUACCAUUAAUAUUUAAGGGAAAUGCUCAAAUGAGCUGGAAACUACUCACUUUCUCCAUAUAAUCUCUUCUACCUCAUUUAGAUUCAGAUAACCUAAAAUCCUAGUCUGCGAUUAAUACAUAUAUUUAUUUAUUUUAAAUCUUGCGUUCUCUCAACUUUAAGUAGUUCUUACAAUUAAUUUAAUGCUAUCAUAAACAUUGGAAUGUUACCUGCAAUUUUCUGCUUCAUACCCAUCAAUCUGAACUGACUAGAUAUAAUAAUUAUCUUUUUCUCAUAAUUUAUCUCAUUUAGAGGAAGGUGUAUGUGAAUUAGAACUUAAAUCUCACAAUCUUUCUGAAAUCAGAACUUAUUUUCUUUUCACAUGGACUGUUUUCUGCUCUAUGUAUUACUUCAAUUACAUUGCACUGUUUUUACUGUAUAUUUGGUAUUCAUUGUAAUAGCGGCUAUAUAGUCAUGUAUGGCAAGCCAUACAGUAUAUUCUUAUGUACUUUUUGUGCUGUUUUAUUAGAAUUUCUGAUUUAAAUUAAUAUUCUCUAACAGUGAGGGAAAAAAGUAUUUGAUCCACUGCUGAUUUUGAACGUUUGUCCACCGACAAAGAAAUGAUCAGUCUAUAAUUUUAAUGGUAGGUGUUUUAACAGUGAGAGACAGAAUAACAAAAAAAUAAAUAAAAAAAAAUCCAGAAAAAUGCAUGGCAAAAAAGUUAUAAAUUGAUUUGCAUGUCAAUGAGUGAAAUAAGUGCUUGACCCCUUCGACUUAGUACUUGGUGGAAAAAACCCUUGUUGCCAAUCACAGAUGUCAGACGUUUCUUGUAGUUGGCCACCAGGUUUGCACACAUCUCAGGAGGGAUUUUGUCUCACUCCUCUUUGCAGAUCCUCUCUAAGUCAUUAAGGUUUCAAGGCUGACGUCUGGCAACUCGAACCUUUGGCUCUCUUCACAGAUUUUCUAUGGGAUUAUGGUCUGGAGACUGGCUAGGCCACUCCAGGACCUUAAAGUGCUUCCAUGUCCUUGCGCCACUCCUUUCUUACCUUGGCUGUGUGUUUUGGGUCAUUGUCAAUGCCCUGGCUGAGGGAAGGAGGUUGUCACCCAAGAUUUGACGGUACAUGGUGCAGUUGUCCUGUCCCCUUAGCAGGAAUACACCCCCAAAGCAUGUUUCCACCUCCAUGUUUGAUGGUGGGGGUGGUAUUCUUGGGAUCAUAGGCAGCAUUCUUCCUCCUGCCAAAGAGCUCGAUAUUGGUCUCAUCUGACCACAAUACUUUCACCCAGUUCUCCUCUGAAUCAUUCAGAUGUUCAUUGGCACACUUUGGACGGGCCUGUACAUAUGCUUUCUUGAGCAGGGGGACCUUGCAGGCGCUGCAGGAUUUCAGUCCUUCACGGCGUAGUGUGUUACCAAUUGUUUUCUUGGUGACUAUGGUCCCAGCUGCCUUGAGAUCAUUAACAAGAUCCUUCCGUGUAGUUCUGGGCUGAUUCCUCUCCAUUUUCAUGACCAUUGCAACUCCACAAGGUGAGAUCUUGCAUGGAACACUGAGUUAGACUGACAGUUAUUUUGUGUUUCUUCCAUUUGUGAAUAAUCGCACCAACUGUUGUCACCCUCUCACCAAGCUGCUUGACGAUGGUCUUGUAGCCCAUUUCAGGCUUGUGUAGGUCUACAAUCUUGUCCCUGACAUCCUUGGCCAGCUCUUUGGUCUUGGCCAUGGUGCAGAGUUGAAUUUGAUUGAUUGCUUCUGUGGACAGGUGUCUUUUAUACAGUUAACGAGCUGAGAUUAGGAGCACACCCUAAGUGCUCCUAAUCUUAUCUUGUUACCUGUAUAAAAGACACUUGGAAGCGGGAACUCUUGCUGAUUGAUAGGGGAUCAAAUACGUAUUUCACUCAUUGACAUGCAAAUCAAUUGGCAUGCGUUUUUCAGGAUUUUUUUGUUAUUAUGUAUCUCACUGUUAAAAUACACUUACCAUUAAAAUAAUAGACUGAUCAUUUCUUUGUCAGUGGGAAAAUGUUCAAAAUCAGCAGGGGAUCAAAUAAUGUGUUCCCCUUAUUGUAUAUUCCCAUAGAGUUUUCACUCUAGUCCCUGAGAUAUUUUGUUGCGAUUUACAUUAUGAAGUUAUUUUUUUUUCAUUUUGUUUUUGAUUUUAUUAUCAGGCUUUAAACAGUUUGGUGUCCUUAAUGAAGCUCAUGGGACCAAAGCACAUUAGUUCUGUGAGAGUAAAGAUGAUGACCACGCUACGAACCGGCCUCCGAUAUAAAGAAGAAUUUCCAGGGCUUUGCUGCAAGUAAACACAAAACAUGUUUUUAGGCUAUGUUGUUUGAAAUGUCAGUUAUAAAAGAAAAAAAGAAAGCUUACAACAUAUUCUGAGUUGAUUUUAAAUUAUGGUAGUUUGCUGUAUUGGAUAUCCUUAUAAUGAUUUAUGACUCUGAUAUUUUAACAUCUCAAUGUGCUGGUUUAACCCCUUAAGGACCAAACUUCUGGAAUAAAAGGGAAUCAUGACAUGUCACACAUGUUAUGUGUCCUUAAGGGGUUAAAGCAUGCAUGUGCAUGUUCCUGAAAAGAUUCUGUUAAACAUUUGGUAAUUAUUGGGUAAAUUUCUGAUUUAAAAUAUGGCGUACUCUUCCAUAGUUGCCAACUUUUGAAGUAAGCACCCCCAUCUUAUACAUUGUCUUUUGCAUUUAUAUCUAGCCCAAUACUGAUACUGCAACCUAUCUAAUUGGUUUAAUGAAGUGGUCUGGGUGCCAGGUCCAGCUAGGUUUAACCCUUUUUUUUUUUAUAAACAUAGCAGUUUCAGAGAAACUGCUAUGUUUAUGUUAGGGUUAAUCCAGCCUCCAGUAGCUGUCUCUUGACAGCCGCUAGAGGCGCUUGCGUGCUUCUCACUGUGAAAAUCACAGUGAGAAGACGCCAGCAUCCAUAGGAAAGCAUUGAGAAUGCUUUCCAAUGGACUGGCUGAAUGCGCGCGCAGCUCUUGCCACGCGUGCGCAUUCAGCCGAAGAGGUGGAGAAGAGGAGGAGGAGAGCUUCCCGCCUGGCGCUGGAAAAAGAGGUAAAUUUAAUCCCUUCCUCUCCAUCCAGCCCGGCGGGAGGGGAACCCUGAGGGUGUUUUCCUGGCACUAUAGUGGUCCUUUAACCACUAUAAAUAUCUAUUUUGACUGUUAGACGAGUUCUGUUCUUAUUCUAAAGAGUUGAUCGGCAUCUAUUCUUUUUCUUAACAUGAUGAUCUAUACCUUGUAGAUUACAGACUUGUACUUUUUUUCUGUUGUCCUUUAGAGCUUGGGACUGGUUUGUCCGUUGUCUGGAUCAAGCUUAUCUUGGAUCAUUACUCAGCCAUAUAAUUGUUGCAUUACUGCCUUUGCUCCACAUCCAACCUAAGGAAACGGUGGCCAUAUUCCAUUAUUUGAUAGUGGAAAACAGGUACAGAUGAGCUUUGUAGCCAUUUUAUAGUUUAAUCUGUAAUGUAUGCCUAUGUUUAUUUAUUCCAGAAACUGACCAAAUAGAAAGUAUGUACCAUCAUUGUUUAAUGUCUCACAUUAAUAGGCAUGCCGUUCAGGAUUUCCUUCAUGAAAUAUAUUUUCUACCUGCUCAUCCGGAACUGAAAGAAAUCCAGAAGGUUGUCCAGGAGUAUAGAAAAGUGAGUUAUCUUACUUGACACAUGUUGGUAUCGGUUUUAACUGAAGUGAGCACUCCAUAACAUUUUUUAUUUUUUUAUUAUUUCCAUCAGGAAACCAACAAAAGCACUGACCUUCAGACAGCAUUACAGCUUUCUAUCAGAGCAAUUCAGCAUGAAAAUGUGGAUGUGCGCGUGCAUGCUCUCACUAGCUUAAAAGAAACACUGUAUAAAAACCAGGUAUGCAGAAUAAUAUUGACUGCAGUCCGUGCAUUGCUCUUACAAGAUUCCUGCCCUACUUUAUAAAGCAACAAGUGUACUAGAUGUGCCCAAACAACUAAGACAAAAGCCUGCAUCUAGACACUUUUAAGAGUUUACCAUGAUCUCUUCGGAUACAUUUAAGACAUUAAAUACUUGUAAUACCCUGGAUUUCACCUUUGUUUGCAGGCUAAAUUGUUACAGUAUUCAACAGACAGUGAGACAGUGGAACCAGUCAUCUCUCAGUUGGUAACAGUGCUGUUAAUUGGCUGUCAGGAUGCCAACCCACAGGCCCGUUUGCUCUGCGGUGAAUGCCUUGGACAAUUGGGUGCCAUAGAUCCUGGUCGUUUGGACUUUUCAUCCAGUGAUACACAAGGGAAGGGUUUUACAUUUGUUGUAAGUUACAUAUUCAGUAUUUAAGAUUAUUGUAUUUAUGUUUGAUCUUUUUACAAGAUCAAAAAUUUUCAGACUGGUAUGGCUGUAGGCUCAUUUGCUUUAUUUAACCAUAUUAACCCCUUCUCGACCGCGGACGUAUCAGGUACGUCUGGCAAAAAACGGUCAAUAAUGGCCUUGGACGUACCUGGUACGUCCGCAGCUAUUUUGAGUGCUGGAAGCUCUGAUAGUAUUGCAGUGAUGCUCUCUAUGUGCUGAGUGCCUCGAUGGGUCCUGGCACUCAGUGCAUAUAUAAAAAUAUAUAUAUAAAAAAAAUAUAUAAAAUAAAAUGAUCAAUAUUAACUCCCCCCACCCCCCUUCUGGGGGUGGCCCUAGCAUGCCUCAUCAUAAGGGGCAGGCUGGGGUCAUCCAAUCACAGCUUGACCCAUUAGCAAUUUCAUCCCAAGUGUGUCCCCAUUUCUCUGAUUAGUGUGGAUCCGCCUGCCUCUCUUCACUUGUGUUUUAGUGAGAGAGGGAGAGAGAUCUGUGGUUUAGCUAGAGAGAUUUAGGUAUUUAUAGGUAGGGAUUUGUAAAAUCUUGAGACCCAAAGGCUCUUUUCAGAGCCAUUAACCCCUGUCUUGCCAGUGAUCACUAUAAUCACUGGCUCUUGCACAGCAGUCAUUUUCUGCUGUUUGUGCAUAUUUUUUUUAGGGGUUCAUUUUUUGUGAUUUUUUUUUUUGAGACCCAAAAGCUCUUUUCAGAACGAUUAACCCCUGUCCUGCCUGUGAUCACUAUACAGAUCACAGGCUCUUGCACAGCAGCACUUAUUUUGCUGUCUGUUCAUUUUUUUUAGGGGUUAUUUUUUUUUGUCUUUUUUUUUUUUGUGACAGGUCACUAAGUAAAGUGAUUGUGAUCAUGUCACAUGGGUCACGGAAGUCAACCAGCGCUGAGCAGUCAUAUGCCACCCUUGCGCUAGAGUCUGACGCGUCUAUGUCAGACUCUGACCCUGAUUUUGACCCUGCCAGGUGCUCAGAUACAUCAUCACUAGAUACAGUGUCUGCUGCUAGUGAUGUAUCUAGUGAUGUUGUAUCUGUGCCUGCUAGUCCCCCUGCCAGAAGGAGAGGUGCUGCUCCAGCUGGCAGAACUGCUGAGGAGUGGGUAGUGCCUCAUCGCCACAGGCCAGACAUCCCAUCAUUUACUUCAAAUCCUGGCAUUAAUUUGGAUGUCACAGGAUUUAGCCCUCAGCAGUUUAUGGAGGUAUUUCUGGGCGAUGAUGUAUUGGGGAACAUUGUCGCCCAAACUAAUUUAUAUGCCCAUCAAUUGCGAGCUACAAAUCCUGACUCUUUUUUUGGCAAAGCAGCAAUGGACCCCCAUCGAUGUGCCAGAAUUUAAAAGAUUCUGGGCAUUGACUAUGCUGAUGGGCAUCAUAAAGAAGCCCUCCAUCCGCUCCUACUGGAGCAGUAGCCCCAUCUGCUCUAUCCCCAUUUACUCCCAAUGUAUGUCGAGGAAGAGGUAUGAAAUGAUUCUGCAUUUCAUGCACUUCAGCGACAACAGCCUGUGUCCCCCUAGGGAGCAUUCCCAGUUUGACAGGCUGUAUAAAAUCCACCACUGAUUACUCACUUCGCUGCCAGGUUUGCAGAGGCUUAUACACCUGGAAGGAAUAUAUGCAUGGAUAAAUCCCUGAUGAAGUAUAAGGGAAGGCUGGAAUUCAAACCGUAUGUUCCUUCCAAGCGCUCUAGGUAUGGUGUAAAGAUGUAUAAGCUCUAAAAUAGCGAGACUGGGUAUACUCAGGCCUUUCGGGUAUACGAGGGAAAGGAUAGCCACCUUGACUCUCCAGGUUGCCCAGAACAUAUGGGAACCAGUGGCAAGAUUGUCUGGGACCUGAUAUUCCCCCUGAUGAACAAAGGGUACCACUUGUAUACUGACAAUUCUUAUACAAGUGUCCCUUUGUUCAAGCUACUGUACUGUUUUGAUACAGUAGCUUCCGGCACAAUCAAAAAUAACAGCACAGGUUUCCCAGGACAACUUGAACGCACCCGGCUACGAAGGAGGGAGACCUCAGCUCUGCGCCAAGAGGAGCUGUUGGCAGUUAAGUACAGAGACAAGAAGGAUGUGUACCUUCUUACCACCAUCCACACUGAGGGGACUGUGGAGGUCCCUGUAUGUGGCAGAGCUGAGAGAACAAGGAAGCCAGUGUGCAUCAAGGCCUCUAACCGACAUAUGGGUGGGGUUGAUCUGGCAGAUCAGCUGUUGCAGCCCUACCUAAUUAUACGAAAGACAAGGGCCUGGUACAAAAAGGUUCCAAUCUACCUAAUGCAGAUUGCAACCCACAACGCUUUCUUGUUGUUCAAAAAAGCAAACCCCGGGACGCAACUGAGAUUUUUACAGUUUCAGCUCCAGAUCAUUUCAGGGAUUUUGUACCGUGAUGCACCUGCUCCCCGGGCGGUGAUGGGAGAGAGCAGAGUUGGGGCUACACAUUUUAUUUUUAAAAUUCCCCCUAAUGCGGCAAAGCAGAAUCCCCAAAAAAGAUGCAGGGUUUGUUCUAAGAGGGGGCAGAGAAAAGAUAGUGUAUAUCACUGUCCUGAUUGCCCUGGACAGCCUGGACUCUGCAUUGGAGACUGCUUCAAACGAUAUCACACGCUGGUCCAUUUUUAAUUUAUUUUUUAACAUUUGCCGUUCAGUUUUUUUUUUGGUGUCUUUUUUCUUUUUUUUUGGUUUUGUUACAUUUACCCCAUGCAUGGGGGGCAUGGGUGUCCUUAGGAGCCCUUGCAGAAAACAACCUGGGGUGUUUUCUUGCAAUAACCAACAACGGGCUCUCCUAAAUCACAGUCAAAAAGCAGUGUGCGUGUGUAAAAAUGAGGAUUGAACAGUUACCUCCACACACGUUCUUCAACUUUUUUAUAUUUUGUCUGGCUAAAAAUAAGUUGCAUCAAAGCACUUCACAUGCAAUACCUCGGGGUGUCUACGUUUCAAGUAUGUACCCUUUCAUGGCGAUAUAUAAAACUGGGAUAUGUGAUAAUCCCCAAGCUAAAGAUAGUCCUAUCAGAAGAAAUACUCUCAAUUUCAACUCAAAUUGCAAGUCAUACAAUUAUAACCGUACCUUCCCAAAAUCCUGGCAAACCUAUGCAUGGGGGGCAUGGGUGUCCUAAGGAGGCCUUGCAGAAAACAACCUGGGGUGUUUUCUUGCAAUAACCAACAAUGGGCUCUCCUAAAUCACAGUCAAUAAGCAGUGUGCAUGUGUACAAAUGAGGAUUGAACAGUUACCUCCACACACGUUCUUCAACUUUUUUUGACUAAAAUUAUUGCAUCUAAGGCAUCAAAACCCUCCAUAUACAAUACUGCGGGGUGUCAACUUUUCAAAUAUAUGCACGCUCAUGACAAGAAAAUACAUUGGGAUAUCUGAUAAGGCCCCCAAAAGGAAGAUAGGCAAACAAGAUAUGUAAAAUUAGAAAAACGCAUAUCAGACAUUUUGCUUUGCACGCCCCAGUGAACCCGACACACCUAUGCAUGGGUGGUAUCGCUGUACUCGGGAGAUGUUGUCGAGCACAUAUUGGGGUGUCCUUUGGCAGUAACACCUAACAGGAGCUGAGAAUCUAUGCCCAAAGUAGAAUGUGUGAGUGAAAAAUAACACCACAAAAACUUUUACAGAGACUGGUGGUAGAAUUAGUGCAUGUAAAGUAUUGAAAUGCCACCAUGUGAAAUGCCCUAGGGUGUGUCCUUUUCAAAAACAUAUGGUUUGACGGGGGUGAAUUACAUUGGCCGGCUUCAGAAAUGUUCCAACUGGGACAUGGGUGCAUGAUGGCCAGCUGUGUUUUAUUUUUCCAUUUUUCAUCAAAUUUUACUUUUUUUUUUCUAGUAAAUUUUAUGAUAUGAUGAAAAUAAUGGUAUCUUUAGAAUGAACAUUUAAUAGCGAGAAAAAUGGUAUAUAAUAUGUAUGGGUACAGUAAAUGUGUAAGAGGCAAAUUACAUCUAAACACAACCACUGCAGAAAUGUAAAAAGAGCCCUGGUCCUUAACGGUAAUAAAAUUGAAAAAUGGCCUGGUCACUAAGGGGUUACAACUGCAUAGUAAAGGUUUAUGUAUGCAUAUGCAUGUGUAAAUAAUUAACACAAGUAAAUUCUUAGAUUAAUGUUGAAUGCAGAUAAAUUACAGUCACUCAGUGGUUGUAAUGUGGCAGUGGGGCCCAUUAACGGGCAUAGUUCAAAGCGUGCUUCCAUAACCAAGCCCUUAUGUUUGUUUGUUUGUCUUUUCUCUUUUUUAAUCAAGACUGGAGUUGAAGAUCCAAAUUUUGCAUAUGAGUUGCUUACAGAGUUAACAAGAGCAUUUUUGGCAUAUGCUGAUAAUGUCCGUGCUCAGGAUUCUGCUGCUUAUGCAAUACAGGUAAAAGGAAGAUUUAAUAAGAACUAAAGCAAAAAAAGUCGAAAUAUACAAGAACAAUCUGAAUAUUUACAUUAGUCCUAUGCUUUAUAUAGUGUUCGUGCUUUGUUGUCUACAAGCAUAAGUUAUUCUAGGUUUUACUGAUUAAAGAAAAUUACAUUCUAUUGAAAGACAGCUCUAUGCUUUUGUUCCUUUAUAUAUGACAAUGUGGUGGUCUCUGAACCAAGGUUAUCUGUAAGUAAUACUGCACGAGUAACAAAAAAUAAAUUUAUAAAAAUCUAAUCUGGAUAUUCUCAUGUCAACACUUGUUGACAUUACAGCCACUUCCAGAUACUGACCUAAUCACUAAAGGUGCAUGAUCUCAAGAACUGCUUCCACUCUAUAAUUACGUCUCUAAGGUUCUUUAACAUUUAAUUGCUAAUGGGUUAUGAUGUCAUGAGCUGCUAUCAAUCUGUGAGUGCAAGUUACUAGCUAAGCUUUUUUUUAAAUCUAAAUAUUAAUGGUAUAAAAUGUCAGGAAUUACUGUCAAUAUAUAAAUGCAGUCUACUCACUGAAUGUCGAUAAGAUCUUCUUACUAGUGAUGUAUGCUCUCAGGAAUUGCUGUCAAUCUAUGAAUGCAGAGAUGGAAGGGCUGAUUGUCCAGGACGUAGGCUUUGGAGACGAUUCCCAGAACAUGUUCAGGAGAUUCUGGAACCACAUCUUAAUACAAGGUAUACCACAACAAUAACAUGUCAUCAAGUGAAAACGUCUGCCUUUCAAAACACGUGACAACAUGCAGUAUACAUACAUAAGAGCAGUUAAUCUCAAAAUAUGAGGGGAUAUAUAUGGCCAUUAAAAAAACGCUAUUUGGACGCUCUUCCCCUCUCUGUUAGACUCUCACCCAGUCUGCACUCUUUCACAAAAUCUUUGAAAACUUACUUCUUCAGCAAAACGUAUCAGUUAAACUGUCAACAGUUUUCCCUCCCCGCACCCUGAUUCUCCUGCAACUGACAUCAAAACAAAACACUAAGCCCUCUGUGAAUACUAUCCUAGCAACCUUCUUUUCUACCCUAUCCUUUCCGUUUGUGUCACUAUACCCCAAGCUCAUUGAGCAGGGCCCUCAAUCCCUCUGUCUGGUUACAAAUACGUGUCUGUUAGUCCACCCACUGUAUAUAUAUUUAUUAUUUAUAAACACAAAUGUCAUGGAAUAAUACUGUUUAUAUAGUUAAUAAUAGUAAUGGGCAACCCGAAAAAAAAACCCACACCUUAAAGAGCUAUUAUAAGCUCAAAGAUUGCAGCAUGGGUGGAAUAAUCUUUUCAUUUGGAGUGUAGGUGUCUUCUGUCAACUGCAGUGAUGAUUAAAGGGUUAUUUUAACCCUAUUCAAUAUAUAUAUUUGUUUAAUUAUAAUGCUUUAUUGGGCACUAGUGACUUUGUUCACACCUUUUUUUUAGUGCCAAAAGCUGUAAAAUAAAGAUAAAACUUACUUGGAAUCCAGCACUGGGUGAUAUUCUUUCCUGUACGAUUCAAUGUCACGCCGCAAUACUCCUUCCCUCUCAGAAUCAAUUAAAUGCUCAUAGAGAAACAUUUGAUUGGACCACUUUCCAGGCUCAGAGCAAAGGAUGGAGGGGGUAAGAGGGUGGAAGUGAGUGAUAGACAGUAGGAGGGGAUAAAAAAAUCCUCAUAGAAAAUGCAGGAAGGCAUGGCGGGCUGGAAAGGAAGCAAGGGGACAUACAAUCUUCCCGUUGCAGGCAUACUCCCAGCACUGCAUGCAAGAGUAGAAGCUGGAUAUGUCUGUCACCACUGCGUGUGCCAGGGAUAUCACUCCCCACUGGCACAAAAGUGCAUGCAGAUCUUUCCUGCAUUGCAAACAGUUGUUGCUAAAUUACUACAGAUGUGUUAAUGCUUUAAUAUCUCCACAUCAUGGUAUAUUGCUGCACAAAGAAUAAAAGUAACCUGUAUAGUGGAGCCUGUAUACAACCAAAGAAAAGCUUGUAGGAACAGAAAGAUGACCUACUCACACUUUUCAGAGCAAAUACACACAAUGUGCAUAGUUGGUUUAAUUCCCACAAUAUGUAAGCAUAUAACCAAGAUAACACAGCAGCCUCCAUUGACAUCCAGCAGUUAAAAUAAAAGGAAUUUAUUGCAAUACAUAAAACAAAAGGAAUUUUAAAACAUACAGAGUCCUCCACUAAUGUGAUCUGCCAUACUUUUUCAAACUAUGUACAUGCCAUUUCUUUUUAGGAUAUGCUCAGUGCUCCCUUAGAAAGUAAUGAUAGGGCCAGGACUGGAUGAAGGAUUCAUCUACCACUUGUGAAAUGACCUCAUUUCAUAAUAUGCAAGUUUUAGGAAUUUGCAUUAAAUACAUGAAAUUCUAAAAUUUGGAUCAACAGCAACAACAUUUGUGAGGAAGGCUGAACUUGAUGGACGCAAGUCUCUUUUCAGCUAUGUAACUAUGUAAAAUGAGUUUCUUUUUUUUUAUCCCAGUACUUUUUGGGUAAUUUUAAUACCUAAUCUAUUUAAAUCUAUAAAUCGCAUAAAAGGCGGAGGUUGAUAUUUUAAUGGGGAGUGAUUGUCAGGAAAAAAUAUUAUAGUGGGAGGGGAAGAUAGUAUAUGGAAACUAAAAGGGGAGACUUGUCAGCAAGGCUGGGAGUAUAUGAGUUCCUGAGCUAAAGUAUGCAGGGAGUAUGAUGGCAUUCAUCACUUUUUUUUUUUUAAUCUUAACAGAUACAAGAGUUCACGGAAGGCUGUAAAUUGGUCUAAAAUGAAGAAACCCAUUUACUUAAGCAAAUCUGGUAAUAAUUUUGCAGAGUGGUCAGCAACUUGGGCUGGUUAUCUAAUAACUAAGGUAAGAGAUUGAAAUCUAUAUUGCAGUGCUCUGCUCGGCCCAUUGUUUUAGUGACUGAUAAUUGGCCUAACUCACUGGUUCUGUACUUGCUGUACCCAACCUUUGCUACUGCAGUUUAAUAUAUAUAUAUAUAUAUAUAUAUAUAUAUAUUUUACUGGAUGCUCAGCAAUCCAAAUAUUAUGGAAUAAACUUUCUUUGCUUUAUUGAUAUCCAUCCUUUUGAGGUUUCUUUUCUGCCUGUACAUGCUUCAGUCCAAGAAUAAAAAUUUUACUGAAAUUCAACUUCUGUGGAGUAGCCAAGUUACGUCAUUUAGUAAAGCAAAAAGAGACAUUUUCUCCAUCAUCACACCCUGUGUACCCAUUUCCCCAAAAUUAUAAAUAAUAAAAUACAUUAUAUUUUAACACUUGGAAGACUUCAAAUGUUUUACUCUGUUUAGGUCAGGCAUGAGCUUGCAAUGAGAGUGUUCAACUGUUGCAGUAUAAUGAUGAAACAUGACUUCAAGGUUACAAUCUACCUGUUACCCCACAUUUUUGUCUACGUUCUGCUGGGAUGUAGUAAAGAUGAUCAGCAAGAGGUAACCCACACUCGUAGAAUAAGUUUGGGUAAUGAUCUGUAUAAGCAUUUAACUGUAAUAUGUAUUUGUCAAUUUGUAAUGUGUUAGAGUUCAAAAUUGCACAUAGAAGCCAGCUAAAUUGUGAGAGUUUGACACAAGUUCAUUGUGAUGUUCAAACUUAUGUCUACAAGAUGUGCUUACAGGAAAUGUCUAACCCCCAAAACAACAUUUUUAAAGAGGGAUUGUUGCUCCACCCAGUUUCUAACUAUAAGGGAACUAUAGUUAAUUCUACUGUCUUUAAUAUUUAAAUUAGUUUUAUGUCCUAUGCAGGUUGUCAAGGCAUGGCUAGGCAUAGGUUGUAAAUCAUUUUGACCCCCAUAAUACCUUAGGGCAGCCCUGUAAGAUAUUGCAAGUUAUUCUUUUAGCGAGCUUUUCAUUGCUCUGUUUCAGGUGUAUGCCGAGAUUAUGGCAGUUUUGAAGCAUGAAGACCCAUGGGUACGGCGCUUACAAGACAAUGCUUCAGAUUUGAGUCAGCUUAGUACCCAGACUGUCUUCUCAAUGUUGGAUCAUCUCACUCAGUGGGCUCGACAGAAGUUUCAGGUGCUCAAUGCUGAAAAAACUACGGCUAAACCUGGGAGUCGAAUGGAAAUAAAGAGUCAGUACCUUUUUUAUCUUAAUGAAAAUGCUUCUUUUUUUUAGUAAUAGUGUGUAAUAAAAAUAUGCAAAUUAAAAGAAUGAUGAACAUGUGUUUAGAAAUUUUUGAGUAAGGUAUACUAAGAGUGGGAGAUGUUUGUUUUGGAGGUCAUCGUUGCCGUUUGCCUCUGAAACAAACCAAUUUUUACAUUUCCAAGUCUGUGGAUUUGAAGCAGCCAGCAACUCAACAAUUUGCAUCAGCAGAAUUAGUGGGAGGAAGAAGGAUUUCCUGUGCCCCAAGGUCAAAUAGAGUCUUUAUUGAGCUCCCAGGCUAACAAGAGUCUUUAGUCUUUUUAGCAAACACUCAAGAACCCAAAUAGGAAUUAAAACAUAGCUCUGACGCUAAAGUCUGUUGUAUUUAGUUUUUUUCACCCAGAGUUUGGCUUUGCCAAAUAUGGCCUGAAGGUGGAAAUUAUAGGGAAUUUAGGCUGGCCAGUCAGAUCAAUAGGUAUAGGUUAUUUCUCAGUUUUAGUUUAAAGGGACACUCCAGUGCCAGGAAAACAAUCCGUUUUCCUGGCACUGCAGGUCCCCUCUCCCUCCCACCCCCCAUCCCAGGUUGCUGAAGGUGUUUAAACCCCUUCAGUGACUUACCGGAGUCCAGCACUGGUCCAGGCUCCUCCCUCACUGUCAUCCGGCGGGGGAGACCGAUUGUGCAUGCAUGGCCGCCGGCGGGGUGAUACCUAAGGCACAUGCGCGGCAAUGCCGUGCAUGCACAUUGGACCUCCCCAUAGGAAAGCUUUGAGAAAUGCUUUAAAUGCUUCCCUAUAGGUGUUUUAGCGUUGCUGGAGGUCCUCACGUACUAGAAACCCAUAAGUGCCCUCUAGUGGCUGUCUAGUAGACAGCCACUAGAGGAGGAGUUAACCCUGCAAGGUAAAUAUUGCAGUUUAUGAAAACUGCAAUAUUUACAGUUGCAGGGUUAAGGGUAGUGGGAGUUGGCACCCAGACCACCCCAAUGGGCAGAAGUGGUCUGGGUGCCUGGAGUUUCCCUUUAAGGUUCUUUUCUAAUAAAGAUACAAGUUGAGAUGACUGUUGCUAUACCUUACUGACAUAGAAAAUGUACUCACAAUCUCAAAGUGACAUAAAAGGGUGCAAAGCAAAGAGAUUUAUCAAAUCAUGAUACUUAUAUAAAUGUUAUUGUUGUAUCCGUAGCGGUUACUCCUGAGGACCACGAAGAGUAUCAGAAUGUGACCAAAUUCCUGGAGCUUAUACCUCAGGACACUUUGGCCAUUGCUUCUUUUCGUUCAAAUGCUUACACGAGAGCAGUGAUGCACUUUGAGUCCUUCAUCAUGGAGAAAAAGCAGGAAAUUCAAGAGCAUCUUGGCUUCUUACAGGUAUACAACUAUAGGAUUUAGCAAGUCUUCAUCCUGAUAGCCCUCUUUGCAGUGAUUAUCAACAUAAUAUAAAGUAUAUCUAAUAAGCCAGAUCUUUUAACUAUUUGGUCAGUGAUGUCUCUUUUUUUGGCAUCCCAUCUUCAAACAUUUUAAAUGGAUAAAACUCUGUAAAACACCUUAAGUAGUUGGUCCUUACAUAUUAUAAACUGUCCUAUAUAUUUCUCCUCACACCUAAAGAAGCAGCCAGUCAUGCCUAAUGUCCCGUACCCCCUAGCGGUGGGUGGGGGCCCUAAAUUAGAAUGGGGGGGGGACCUAAUGUCCUCCCCCCUGGCCCCCACCCCUAAGCGGUGGGUGGGGGCCCUAAAUACUAAUUAGGUGGGGGACCUAAUGUCCUGCCCCCACCCCUGAUCGGUGGGUGGGGGCCCUAAAUACUAAUUAGGGGGAGACCUAAUGUCCUGGCCCCCACCCCUGAGAAGUGGGUGGGGGCCCUAAAUUAGAAUGGGGGGGGUUGGGACCCUAAAUAAAAAAUUAACCCCCCUCCCCAGGUGACUAGUGGUCCCCAAACCACUAGUCAUCCCCCUCCCCCCAAAAAUUAACCCCUACCUACCCCCCUCACCCUAAUAAUAGUGAGGGGGUACUAUUAGCUAAGUACCUGAUAAAAAAUAAAAUAAAACUUACCAUUUGAUGUUUUAUUUCUUCUAAAAUCUUAUUUUUUCAGCCCCAAAAAAGGCCAAAUAAAAAGCCAUAAUAACUGACAGACUUUAAAAAAAAAAAAACUAAAAAAAAACGAGUGCAAAAAAUUAUCCAUCUUCACCCAGCGAGGGCUCCACGCAAACUGAGCUCUGCAGUGCGGGGGAAGGCUUAUAAAGCCUUGCCCCGCCCUGCAAUUAGGCUCAGAGCACUCUGAAUGGUGGGUUUAAGCCAUCCAAUCAGAGUGCUCUGACAGGUAAAUGAAGAGACUGAAAGGUAAGUCUCUACAUUUUAUUUAUUUUUUAAAAUCUUUUAUUGUGUAAAGGAGAUGUGCAGUAGAAAGUAAACGUAGCUACAGCCUUGUGGACGCGCCGGUCCUAUAUUGGGUUAAAAAUAUAUAACAUUUUACAGUUAGUGUGAGUAGCACAAGUGUUUAUAUUAGCAUAUUUAGGUAUGUUUCCAUCGUCUCAAAAUGUCUAUGUCUAUGUGUAGCUUAGGUGUCUUCUGGUAUGUCAUUUAGGAUAAAGAUGAAAGAAAUAGGAAGAGUGGGUCAGAGAAAAAAGGGGGGAGGGGAGAAGGAAUGAAGGCGGCAAGGGGGGAGAGGGUGGGUGGGGGUGUCUUGCCUUGUACUCCCGUGAUGCUGAGAGCCCGCGGCCCGGUCCAGAGCGUCGGCCCCACGCAGGUGCCUUGCAGGCAACCUUACCGUUGUCUACCUAGAGGCCCCCAGAGAUGAACAUGAACCAUGGUAGCCAGGUCUCUGCGUGUUUGCUGGCCCUGCAUCGCCUCCGCUCCCUGUAUUUCCUCCACUCUGCGUAUCCAUUCUUCUCCCCGGGGUAUUUGUUUUUUUCCAGGUAUGGUAUGAGCACUUUAGCUGCAUUCAGUAGGUGUCUUAAGAUCGAUCUUGUAUACCGGAAGAUCGGCAUCGGUGAUAUGUGGAGUAGGGCCAGUUCGGCUGUCCAUUCAGUCAUGUCGCCUAGGAUCUCCUGUAUGUUAAGUCUAAUCAUUUCCCAGUAAUGGGUGAUUGCGCUACAUUCCCACCAGAUGUGUAUCGUGGUGCCCCGUUCAGUUAGGCAUCUCCAACACAUUUGUGAUAUCGCUGGGAAUAUCCUGUGGAGAAGGGAUGGGGUUCUAUACCAAGUUGCCAACAGCUUGUAGUUUGUUUCCUGGAAUUGUGAGCUGAUAGUGCUCUUGUGAUGCCAGACUAAUGCUUUAUCCCACUGUUGAUGUGUGAGUGGUUUCGCAAGGAGUGUCUCCCAUUUUCUGCGGAACGUGUCGUGUUCUGUUAGAUGUCCGGUUAAAAGGUAUUGGUAUAGUGUGGAGAUCGUUUUGUCUAGCGUGGUGGCCUUUGCGCAGCAUUCCUCGAACCAUGUGAGGUCUCGGUGUAAGUGGUCUCUAUUGCGAAGCGUAUCGUAGAAAUGUUUCAGUUGUAGGUAUCGGAGUAUUAUCUGCGGGGUGCAUGGUUUGCCGUUUAGUAGCGAAUCUAGGGGUUGUAUCGUCCCAUUCUGAAUGGCUGUGUAUAUAGGUAUAUGUCCCCGGCCUUUCCGAGAGUGGCCAUGCUCUUGUGGGGAUUCCCCCCCCCUAUUUUGCGGUUAUAGGUGAUUGGUAGUAGAGGGGUUGGUGUUGGUGACAUGUGUUUUUGUUCUCUAAUUGGUCUCCAACUGUGCAACGUCUGUGCUACCGGUUCUACGUCGUCUCCUUGCGUCGCUUUGUUGUGCCUCAUAUGGUGUGGUGCAAGGCUGCACUGUUCCCUUUGGUGUUUAGGGCUACCCAUUGUUUCUGUCCGGCGUUCGUAUGCCAAUCUAGUAUACGUUGCAGGACUCUGGCUUGGUAGUAUUUUUUAAAGUCGGGUAGGGCUAAGCCUCUGUAGUGUCUGGGUAAGCAGUGUGUUUCGUGUUUGAGUCUUGAGCGCUCACCUCUCCAGACAUAUUGCAAGACUGCUGAUUUCAGUUUGGCGAAGAAUGUGGUUGGUAUGGUGAUCGGAAUUGUCUGGAAGGGGUAGAGGAGUCGUGGUAGGAUAUUCAUUUUGAGGACCGCUAUGCGGCCAUGCCAGGAGAUGUGUGGGUAUGACCACUUUGCCAUGUCUGCUAUUAGUUUUUUCAGUAGGUGGGUGUAGUUGUGGUGGUAUAGGUCUCUCGGGUCUGGAGUUAUCCAUAUUCCAAGAUAUUUCAUUCUGUUGCUGCACCAUUUAAAUGGGAACAUCGUCUCUAGUGUUCUAUAGUCCUCAUCCGGGAGCGUUGCGUUCAGCACCUCGCAUUUGGCCAAGUUGAGUUUGAAUCCCGAGAGUAGGCUACAUUUUUCAAACUCCACCAAGAGGCAUGGCAGCGUGGUUCUUGGGCUGCUGAUGAAAAAGAGGAGGUCCUGUGCGUAUGCGGCCACCUUGUGCAUCACUCCCUGCCAGGGGAAUCCUUGGAUGUCCUGGUUUUGGCGGAUCGUUUGUAACAGAUGCUCCAGUGUCAUGGCGAAGAGUAACGGGGACAGGGGACACCCCUGUCGUGUGCCGUUAGAGAUAUUAAAGUCGGCUGUGAGUGCUCCAUUAAGUCUAAUCGGCGCCCUAGGGUUGCUAUACAGGGCUCUAAUCCACGUGAGGAAUUUUUGCCCUAUUCCCAUUCCUUGGAAUGUGGCUAUCAUGUAUGGCCAUUGUACCUGAUCAAACUCCUUCUCGGCGUCUGUGGAGAGUAGGAGGAGGCGUCUUUGUGACCCCUUCGCUUGGUGUUGUAUCACAAAUAGGCGUAGCGUGCUAUCCCUUGCUUCUCGUCCUGGUAUGAAUCCUGUUUGGUCCACGUGUAUCAGGCCCGGUAAUGGUGCUUGGAGUCUAAUUGACAGGACUUUCGUAAAUAGCUUGGUAUCCACGUUUAAUAGGGAAAUCGGGCGAUAGCGCAGCACAUCGGGUCUUUGCCGGCUUUUGGAAUGACUGUUAUGGUUGCUGCCAGAGAUUCGGCUCCGAAAUUCCCUCCUUCUGCAAUCUCGUUGACGACUUUCGUCAACCACGGUAGCAGCAUAGUUGUAAAGGUUUUAUAAUAUGCCAUGGAGAAUCCGUCCGGGCCCGGCGCCUGGAAAGUUUUGGUUGACUUCAGUGCCGCCGGGAGUUGCAUAGUAUUCCCCCGUCUCCAGGGUCAUCUUUGUGGACAGUUCCCUUCCCCCCCGUAUUCCACCCAAAGUCCUCACGAACCUACAGGGUGUGUGGGGUGGUUUACACAAUUCUGUGUUAGUUAUUGUGUGUCCAGCUUCAAUUCCCCUCCAGCCUCCCGGGGGGCCACGGACGCAAUCUGCCGUCUUAAGUCCCUUAGUGAUGUGCCAGGAAAUGGAUGUGGGGGACGUCUAUAGCUAGAUGAUCACCCGUAUCUCCCCUCCCCAAACUGUCUCGUAUUAUCCCGCCCGUCAGGGGUCAGCAGGAGUAGUGUAGGCCCAUCAGAUCAGGCUGGGUUGGGACUAUCCCUGAUAGGGGAGCCCGAGGCUCAGGACUGGUAGGACAUCAUUUAGGGUGCCUGAGGUCAGUGGGGCGGUAGGUGUACUCACUCCGCAUGGUCUCCUUGGUCCGGGCGUCGUGUCGGUGGGGGUCCUGGCGCGGAUCCUCCUCUGCGCCUCCCGGGUGCCCGCUGGGGUCGAGGUCUCGGUCCCAGCGGUUCAAGUAUCCAAUUAGGGAAUGGGGUGGGCGGCAGGCCCAGUUCUUCCACAAGACGCACGAUUUCGUCAGGGCUUCUGGCGUAGAUCCAGCCUUCUUGAUGGCAUGCCAGGAGGGCGAACGGGAAUCCCCACUUAUAUGGGAUGUUGUGUAUAGAGGUUACCGGUCGGAGUGCCCUCCUUGCAUCCAGCGUCAUAGGGAAUAGGUCGUUGUAUAAGGCAACCUGGGAGCCCAUGUAGGGCCACGUGGGCCUUUCCCUGGCUUUGUGCAUUAUUGCCUCUUUGAUCUGGUAUGAAUGGAGGCAACAGAUUAAGUCUCUUGGGCCUUCUUCCUGGGCUCGAGGUCGCAAAGCUCUGUGCGCUCUAUCAAAUUUGAAGCGUGGUGGAGCCUCAUGCUGCUUUAUGCUUUUAAACAGGUCUGAUAGCAGCUCCUCUCUCUCAUCCAUCUGUCUUGUCUCAGGGACUCCACGCACUCUAAUAUUGCACCUUCGGCCCCUGUUGUCGAGAUCUUACAUGGUGCGUCUCAUGGUAAGUAGUAGUUCUCCUUGAUCGCUGUAUCCGUCGUGGUGAUCCUGACUGCCUGCAUUUCAAGACAGUUUUCCUGGGAUUGGAUGCGGCCUACCUGGGCUCUGACCUCCAUCCGGAACCCUGCUAUUUCCGCCCGGAGGGCAUCUUGUAUGGCAGUGGUGUGCGAUAGUAAGUCGUUUUUAGUGGCCAUUGAUGUCACUAUGAGGCGCAGUUCUUCCCCUAUGCGGUCCAGGGCUUCCCCUAUGCGGUCCAGGGCUGACGGUUCAGUGUCGGCCGGUGAUGUCAUCUCUGCCUCAUUGUCCGGGCCCCUUUGGGAUUGCACAAAUCCGUCCAUCGGACCUUGUUGGGGUUUGGGGAUGAUCUGAGCGUCGGUUUCGGCCCAUUUGUCGGCUGUAGCUUAUUGUAGGAUGCUUAGUAAGGGCUUGGUGGAGCGGAGCACUGUGAUUAAGCGUUCAUCUUGUUCAGCGACCAGGCCACGCCCCCCGUAAGUCUCUACAUUUACCUGUCACAGCACUCUGAUUGGUUGGCUUGAAAUCCACCAAUCAGAGUGCUCUGUGUCAUUUUACACAGCGUGAGAAAGUUCUUUGGAAUUUCCCCACGCUGUGUAAUUUGACUCAUAACACUCUGGUUACUUAAUCCACCAAUCAGAGUGUUAUGAGUCAAAUUACACAGCGUGGGAAAAUUCCAAAGAACUUUCCCACGCUGUGUAAAAUGACACGGAGCACACUGAUUGGUGGAUUUCAAGCCAACCAAUCAGAGUGCUGUGACAGGUAAAUGUAGAGACUUACCUGUCAGUCCCUUCAUUUACCUGUCAGAGCACUCUGAUUGGAUGGCUUAAACCCACCAAUCAGAGUGCUCUGAGCCUAAUUGCAGGGCGGGGCAAGGCUUUAUAAGCCUUCCCCUGCCCUGCAGAGCUCAGUCUGUGUGGAGCCCUAGUCGUGUGAAGAUGGCUAAUUUUUUUAUUUAUUUAUUUAUUUUAUGUGCGUCGGUUAUUAUGGUUUUUUAUUUGGCCCUUUUUGGGGCUGAAGAAAGAAAACAUCAAAUGGUAAGUUUUAUUUUAUUUUUUAACAGGUACUGAGCUAAUGGUCCCCCCUUACUAUUUUUAGGGUGAGGGGGGUAGGUAGGGGUUAAUUUUUUAUUUAGGGCCCCCACCCGCCGCUUAAGGGGGAGGACAUUAGGUCCCCCCCCCUAAUUAGUAUUUAGGGCCCCCAACCACUGCUCAGGGGUGGGGGCUAGGGGGGAGGACAUUAGGUCCCCCCCUCAUUCUUAUUUAGGGCCCCCACCCACUGCUCAGGGGUGGGGGCCAGGGGGGAGGACAUUAGGUCCCCCCCCUAAUUAGUAUUUAGGGCCCCCACCCACUGCUCAGGGGGGAGGACAUUAGGUCCCCCCCUCAUUCUUAUUUAGGGCCCCCACCCACUGCUCAGGGGUGGGGUCCAGGGGGGAGGACAUUAGGUCCCCCCCCUAAUUAGUAUUUAGGGCCCCCACCCACUGCUCAGGGGGGAGGACAUUAGGGCCCCCCCUCAUUCUUAUUUAGGGCCCCCACCCACUGCUCAGGGGUGGGGGCCAGGGGGGAGGACAUUAGGUCCCCCCCUCAUUCUUAUUUAGGGCCCCCACCCACCGCUCAGGGGUGGGGGCCAGGGGGGGGACAUUAGGUCACCCCCUUAUUAGUAUUUAGUGCCCCCACCCACGGCUCAGGGGUGGAGGCAAGGGGGGAGGACAUUAGGGCCCCACCCACCGCUCAGGGGGGAGGACAUUAGGUCCCCCCCUAAUUAGUAUUUAGGGCCCCCAUCCACCGCUCAUGGGUGGGGGCCAGGGGGAAGGACAUUAGGUCCUCCCCCUUAUUCUAAUUUAGGGCCCCCACCCGCCGCUCAGGUGUGGGGGCCUGGGGGUGGGCAAUAGGUCCCCCCCCCCCUAAUUAUUAUUUAGGGCCCCCACCCACCGCUCAGGGGGGAGGACACUAGGUCCCCCCCCUCAUUCUAAUGUAGGGCCCCAACCCACUGCUCAGGGAGGAGGACAUUAGGCCCCCCCCCUCAUUCUAAUGUAGGCCCCCCACCUACCGCUCAGGGGUGGGGGCCAGGGGGAGGACAUUAGGUCCCCCCCUUAUUCUAAUUUAGUGCCCACACCUGCCGCUCAGGGGUGGGGGGUGGUGGGGGGGCAAUAGGCCCCCCCCCCCCUUUAAUUUAAAAGCCCUCUUUUGCGUGUCGCGGGUGGGGGCUCGGGUGGGGGGGACACUUUUCUUUAUUUUUAUUUUUUUUUACAUUUUUUUUUUUUAACAGUGAGCAGCCACUGGCUGCUCACUGUUUACUAGAGAUGCCCCUACUUUAAAACCUUGCGGUAUUGCAAGUAGGGGCAUAAUUUACUAACACUAACUAAUCUUUACUUAGUAUUAGUAAAUUUGGCUGAAAGACCAAUUUAGGUCUUUCAGCCUUUUGGUAGAUAACUCCCUAAUACCGUGGGAAUUAGGGAGUUAUCUACCAAGCAGCUGCAAGAGAAGUUCCAAAAUUCCAAAGUGCUGAAGUUGCCGAGGUCCCGAAGUUCCAAAAUUUCUGAAGUGCCGAAUUUCGGAAUGCCGAGCCGAACCGAACCAAAAAAAUUUCCCAUGCACAUGCCUACAGUGUACAUUGCAAUCUACAGGCCUUAAUUUGUCUGGUUGCUGAACUGAAAUUUGUUAACAGUGUUUCUAUUUGACCUGAAAAAUUAAGGAUGUGUACACUGUUUUUCCAUUGAAGUUGUGAUAUGCUUUGAAUUGCUGCAAAAUUAACUUUUAAUUGGGGUUUGUGAAUGUUUUGUUGUUUUGUGCCACUUCUAGAAAUUGUAUGCUGCUAUGCAUGAACCUGAUGGAGUAGCUGGCGUUAGUGCCAUUCGCAAGAAAGAGGCAUCCUUAAAAGAGCAGAUCUUAGAGCACGAAAGCAUUGGCUUGCUGAGAGAUGCCACUGCCUGCUACGACAGAGCGAUUCAGCUGAAGCCAGAGGAGGUAAUGGCAACUGAGUGACUUAUUCUUAUUCAAACAGGGAGUUGGCAAACAAAUUGCUAAAUUACAGCAAAGUAGUUUUUUUUAAAUUACUGCUAAAUGAAUAACAAGGAUGAUCAUUCCAAUAAUUCAGAUUUAAAACCCAACACUUUUGCCAAUCUAUAGAUAAGCAUGCUAGAUUCCAACUACACUCUCCUGUCUCUCUUUUGAAACUUGUACUGAAGUUGCUACAUUAUUUUCAUUCAUGUAACGAGCACUAUAUCUGAUGUCUGUAGUUGAAAUUCAGCUAUACAGGAUUCAAAAAUCAGUAUUGAAUGUAGGACGCUUCACAUGUCUCCAUAAUUAAAACAGUGGUAAAGAAUGGUUACGAAGCAAUGUUUCAAGAAUAAUUACUGAAUGGUACAUUUAUAGUCAGAAUUUACAUUUUGUGACUGAGUGAAAGCAUUUCAUGAUGAUCUUCUCAUAUCCCUAGAUUAUACACUAUCAUGGGGUAGUGAAAUCCAUGCUGGGACUUGGCCAGUUGUCCACUGUCAUCACGCAAGUUAAUGGAGUGCUAAACAGCAGGUACAUGUGCUUUUUACAAUGAAAGCCUUUUGUGAAAUUUUUCUCUUUUUAUUUUUUUUUAUUUUUAGGGACACAAAUGUUGUCCGCUAGCAGUUACUAUUUUGUUUGGUUUUUCACAUCAUCUUACAUUACUACCAGUGGCAACAGUAGCAAAUUUAAUCUUAAAAUACAUCCAUAAUGUCAUUCAUAACUUGUAAUCAUUUUAUAGAGAACACAUUUUCACCGAUUGCUAAUUUGCUAAAAAAAUUAUAGAUUAAAAGGUAUUUCACUUUAUAUGUUUUGACCUUCAUAUAGCUAUUGACAUAUUAGCAAAGACAACGGAUAUGGAGGACAGGAGUGUCAUCAUGUGCAGCCUCCCUGCCUCCAAGUGUAACAGCGGGAUUCCACAAGUUCUAGAAUGCACCUGAACAUGGUGUUGGGAGGCUGUGCAUGCAAUAGCCCCAGGUCCGGCGCGUCCAUAAGGCGGCACAGGUGCCUUAGGGGGCACCGGCCUGGGGGCGCUAGAUUAGAGUGACCGGCAGGAGGGAAGCGCACAUCGCUCUUUCCUGCCAGUCAUUCAGUGUAGCGUGGCCGAGCCGACCCCGAUACAGGAGCAUCUGAUUCCUGUACCCGGCCGGACUGACAGGAAGUGGUCGCUGAGAGAGCACUCCCUGUUAGUUCGGCUGGGUACAGGAAACUGAAACUCCAGUACUGGGGUCCGCUCCGCUCAGCCAGGGGAGCUGGCCACUAAGGGGGGGAGAGAGAGAGAAAUACUUAGGGAACAGGGGGGGGUGGGGCACUAAGGGAAAGGUAAGAGAAAAGGAACACUAAGGGACAGGGGAGGGGUGGGGUGCACUAAGAGACAGUUAAGGGGGGGUGAAAGAGCACCAAGGGACAGGGGAGGAAAGGGAAAAGGAACACUGAGGGGGGUACCACUAAAAAAGAGGGAGGGGAGAGGAACACUAAGAGGGAUCGGGGGGGGGGGCACUAAGAGACAAGUAAGGGGGUGGAGGAACACUAAGAACAAGGGAGGGAAGGGAAAAGGAACACUGAGGAGGGUCACUAAAAGGGAGGGGAGAGGAACACUAAGGGGGUUGGGAGGAACACUAAGAGGGAUGUGGGGCACUAAGAGACAGGUAAGGGGGGAAAACACUAAGCCACUAAGGAAAGGGGAGGGGAGAGGACCACUAAGGGACAGGUAGUGGACCACUAAGGGACAGGUAGUGGACCACUAAGGGACAGGGAGAUGACCACUAAGGGACAUUGAGAUGACCACUAAGGGACAUUGAGAUGACCACUAAGGGACAGGGAGAGGACCACUAAGGGACAGGUAGGGGAAGGGAACACUAAGGGACAGGUAGGGGAAGGGAACACUAAGGGACAGGUAGGGGAAGGGAACACUAAGGGACAGGUAGGGGAAGGGAACACUAAGGGACAGGUAGGGGAGGGGAACACUAAGGGACAUGUAGGGGAGGGGAACACUAAGGGACAUGUAGGGGAUGGAAAUACAAAUGGGAUGGGCGUGAAAGAGACACAAACGGGGGUUGUAAGAGAUACAAAAGGGAGGUGUAAGACACACAAUGGGGGAAAUAAGGGGGUAAUAAAUUUAAAAAGGGGGAUAAGAAACAAAAGACAGGUUAAGAGGCAAACAGGUGAAGAUGCUUUUUUUGGGGGGGUGGGGAGACAGGGCAAAAUGAUCUUCGCCUGCAUACCCAAAAAUCCUUGGGUAUCGUGCUAUUUGCAGUGAUAAAGAAAUGCACUUACAUGCUCAUAAAAUAUUGUAAAAUCCAAACAACUUGCUCCUUAAAACUUAAAUAUUAGUUUUAUCACAUUGUAGAUUGUGUGCCCACUUAUUUUCUGUUUACUUCUGAUUGCAGUGAUGCCUGUCAUGUGUUUGAAAUACUUUACUACUUGUUUUCUAGGCCUGAAUGGACAGCAGAAUUAAAUACUUACAGGAUAGAAGCUGCUUGGAAGCUGUCACAAUGGGGUUUAGUUGAAGAUUAUUUGUCUCCAGGUACUGUUUUGCUUGAAGAUUUUUAUUGUAUAUUACAAGGUUAUCCACCCAUCCAGCGUCAGAUGCUCAUUUAUUACUAUGAGUUGUAAAGGCUCCAACAGACUUUCAGAGCUGUAUAAUAAAUUGCAUCACAAGAGGGAACAUUACAUUCAACUGAGCUUUGUAAAGGUUUUAAAGGACCAUUAUAGUGCCAGGAAAACAAACUAGUUUUCCUGGCACUAUAGGGUUAUUGGUCCCCACCAUCAUGGCCCCCCACACUGGGCUGAAGGAGUUAAAACCCCUUCAGCCACUUACCUUUCUCCAGCGCCGGGCUCCCUCAGUGCUGGUGACCUCUCCUCCUCCUGCCGACGUCCGCAUUCAAACCGCCCAUAGGAAAGCAUUACUCAAUGCUUCCUUAUGGACGUCAGCGUCUUCUCACAGUGAUUUUUUACACCGAGAAUCGCAGAAGCGCCUCUAGUGGCUGUCAGGGAGACAGCCACUGGAGGCUGGAUUAACCCUCAGUGAAACAUAGCAGUUUAACUGCUAUGUUUACAUCUGCAGGGUUAAAACUAGAGGGACCUGGCACCCAGACCACUUCAUUGAGCUGAAGUGGUCUGGGUACCUAUUGUGGUCCUUUAAAUGAGGUAAUGCUAAUUAACAGUAGACCAUGUGGUAAACCAUUAGGUUACUACAGCCACUAUGUCAACAGACUGAUAGGCAUAAUAUAAACCAUAUUGACUGUAUUGCUAACAGUUCUCCGUAUGAUCAAAACUACUAAUAUUUACAUCAUAUAUAAAAUAUAAUUUUUUAUAAGUGAUAAAUGAAAGCAGAAAAUUGAUCAAGAAAUAGAGUGUAGAAAAAAAUAAAAAAUAAACAAUGCAGAAUAUGUUUUUCUAGUGAUUAGAAAUUUCUUGAACAAAUUAAAAACAAAAAAAACAGCUAGACAUGUUUAAUUUAUAUUAGUCCUAUAGUUAAAGUAAAAAAAUUAAUUAUACAUUAUUUAUAAUCUACAGUAGCCUUUUCUUCGGUUACCUAGGGCUUAAUUAUACAAUAUUACACAAUAUAUUCCUCCUUUUGUAGUGUAUAAUUGUACGGUUUCUUGUUCAAGUUAUCAAAAACUAUUAUUAUUUUGCACAAUUUAUACACUGCAUGUUAUAUAGUAUUAUAUAUUAUUUUAAAUAGUCAGAUUGCACUAUGCAUAGAUAGCUUUUAUUGAUCUUCUGUAAACCUGACUUUGCAUUAUUCAUAAUCCGAACUAGUAGUGAGGAAACAGUGGAUGAAACAUUGUCUAAUGAAAUGUCAUUACCAAUCAGUGCAUUUGUUUUAUACCUUUGUAAUAGAUGACGUUUGGGUCAUACACCUCUUGCUUGGAGGUGUUAUAUAGUAAUAUAUAUAUAUAUAUAUAUGUGUGUGUGUGUGUGUGUGUAUAUAUAUAUAUAUAUAUAUAUAUAUGACUCACAUAUACAGAUAGGACCUUCUAUGGUAUCCAUAUAGAAAAAUAGGCUUUAUUAGGAAGCAUUUCAUUUUUUACCUUUUGGUAUUAAUUAUGUUGCAGUCCUUAUUGAACAUCAUGUGCAGCUCUGUUAAAAGGAUUUUUUAUUGAUAGAUCGCAAAUCUACCGCGUGGAGCAUCAGACUUGGGCAGCUGUUGCUCUCUGCCAAGAAACGUGAGGCAGAAUCGUUCUACGACUCACUCAAAGUGGUACGAGCUGAGCAAAUAGUACCUUUAUCAGCUGCUAGCUUUGAAAGGGGAUCUUAUCAACGUGGAUAUGAAUACAUUGUCAGGUACAGCCCAGACUUAUUUUUUUUGAAACGUUUGCAGGUACACUCAUUGAUCUGUGGUGAACUUUGAAAUAGUGCUAAAAAGUACCCAGGUGGUAAACCAGUAUGUCCCUAGUAAAGUGCUGGAUUAGAAUCAUGGGAAAUGUAGAAUUUUCUCUAAAAAAAGGCAGUGUUUGCAUGAAAACGCCUGCAGGUAAUGAUUAUACUCACCAGAGAAAUUAUAUUAAGCUGUAGUUGUUCUGGUGACUAUAGUGUCCCUUUAAGAUCAUGGUUACUAAUAUUGCACCAGUAGACUUGUUAUUCUGUUCAGUAUAUGUGUCGGACAUAUUGCUUGAAACCAUAGAUUUGCAUGGAGAGUUAGUCUUGAGCCAUAUAAACGUUAUAUAAUGGAACUGGAAUAAAUUGUAUACUCUCUUUCUGGAAUGUGAAGGUUGCACAUGUUGUGUGAACUUGAGCACAGUGUGAAAAUGCUGCUACAGAUGCCUGAUGGUGACUCGAUCAAGGACUCUCUCAACUGGCCAGCACGUCUGGAAAUGACACAGAAUUCCCACAGGGCUAGAGAGCCUAUCUUAGCUCUGCGCAGAGCAUUGCUAGCUGUCAACAAAAGGUCAGCACUGUUUGAAUUUUGUUGCUAGAAGAAUGCCUUUAGAAACUUAGGGCAGCGAUGGUUAAAUUUGACGCAUUUGUUAAGCAAUAUUGGGUUGACGUCUGUUAGCCAGACAUAUUUACCUGAGACCAAUUUAGAUUGUCAGUUUGCAGUUCAUUAUUCACAACACUGUUGAAUUUAUUAAACCUACAGCUUACUCUAUUUAUCGAAGGGAUGGAAAGAGGAAUGAUGACAUUAUUUAAUGUUUGUAAUAGCUGAAUUAGUUAAUUUACUUGCAUACUCUAUAAUAUAGGUUUUAUUAGUAUAAAAAUUGCAUCUAUUGUGCAGGCCUAAUCAGGCUGACAUGGUUGGCGAAUGCUGGCUCCAAAGUGCCAGGGUUGCUCGCAAGGCAGGACAUCACCAAGCUGCAUACAAUGCUUUGCUCAAUGCAGGGGAAACCCGGCUGCCUGAGCUCAAUGUUGAACGUGCUAAGUGGCUGUGGUCUAAGGUAAGCAAAAUCUCAGCAUAUAUUUUGCAUAUUACAUUGGCUAAACAAGAAUUUGUAUCAUGUGCAAGUAGCAAUACUGAAUUUGACUAACAACUUGCUUUGAGCAUGUUAAAAGACCUCUUCCCUUGAUACACAGGGUGAUAUGCACCAGGCUCUCAUUGUUCUGCAGAAGGGAGCAGAGUUAUUCUUGCUUGAUAACAGUGCCUCCCCAGAGCAACAGCUAAUCCAUGGCAGAGCCAUGCUGCUCCUGGGACGUUUCAUGGAGGAAACCGCCAACUUCGAGAGCAAUGCGGUGAUGAAAAAAUAUAAAGUGAGUUUCUUAAAUGGGAUAACAUUCCUGAUUGCUGGUGAUAGCCCACAGUGGCUAAAAAUAACCAGCUUGGAUUGACAAUGUAAAAUACAUGUUUUCUAUUAAAGGUAUAGCAUAUACAGGGUAUCUACUGUUACAUAUGCAGGGAGUGAGCUCUUUUCCUCUUGUAUGGGUUUUUCUAAUUAUAUUCUGCCCUUUAUCCUAAUCUUCUAGAUAUAUAUAUAUAAUAUAUACUCAUUUUACAGUUCUGCAGAACAUGUUGGUGUUUUUUUAAAUUAACAGUAAUAAUACUUAACUCUUGGUUUUGUAUCAUUGAAUAUUAUAGGAUGUAACCACUUUGCUUCCUGAGUGGGAAGAUGGGCAUUUCUAUCUUGCAAAGUACUAUGACAAGCUGAUGCCUAUGGUGACUGACAACAAGAUGGAGAAGCAGGGAGAUCUUAUACGAUAUAUAGUAUUCCACUUUGGCAGGUGAGUGUAUUUUUUAUGGGGAAAUCUGUGUACUAUAUACAUAACUUGGUUGGAUGGAAAAUACAUUUUUUUUCACCUGUUUUUCUAAUUGUAUUCAUAUUUAAAGUGUAACUGUCAUUGUUCACGAGACCUUAGUUUCAUUGACAAACAAUAAAGUUCUGUAAAUAUAUUGAGAUGGCAGAAUUGGAAGGCUCGCACAUAUAUUUCCCUCCCCCAUCUGUCAACCAUAAAGUCAUCAUAGCCCUCUAUGAUGGGAUUGAGUGAUGGAAAAUCUUUGUACAGGCUUUUUCCUUGCUCUCUGUUAUGGCAGAUACAGUAAUACAGUACAUGUAAUACAGUACAUGCUCUAGGCAACACAUCUCACAGUACCAAGAGAGGAAUAGGAGUGACAGGUGUCACUGGAGCCUGGCAUGUUAGUGUCAUCUUAUCUUCCUUAGAGUAGCAAUACCAAGCAGGACCAUAUGUAUUGGAGUGGGCAGGAGGUGGAAUGGAUUAGGAGUAUUACCUUAACCAUUCCUAAAGUAAUUGCAUAAAUAAUUUAGUGUUAUGGUAGAUUAUACAUGAAUAGCUUUAGGAGCUGCUAUCCAUUAAAUGAAGCCUACACCUAAAUGUAAAUACAAUAAUGAAUGUGAGCUGCCAUUCACAAACAAUGCUAAUAGCAAAGUAUUCAUUACAAGGUACUGUGCACUGGAAAAGCUAGUCAACAUGGAAGCACUUACCGCAGGCAAUGCUAGAGCUGUAAGUAAAGCCAAGAAAGUACAUGCUGUGGAUGGAGAUACUUAUAGUGCACGAUACCACAAAUACAAGCAAUAAAGAUUUAUACACAGUUAUUCAAGAAGCAUCCAAUUAUUUACCCCAAUGCCAUAUCCAGGACAAUCCCCCAAAUUGGUCAGACUUGCCUUAUUUUGCUACUUUAUGUUGUGUCCACCGACUUGUUCAGGGGAAAGUUAAAUAAAAGUGAAUGCAUAAAAUGCUAAUUUCCAAAAGGUGACAGGUCUGUUUUAAAUGGUGGUGAUGUGGUUUUUGGUUUUUUUCCCUCCAGGUCCCUGCAGUAUGGAAAUCAAUAUAUCUAUCAGUCAAUGCCCAGGAUGCUAUCACUAUGGCUGGACUUUGGAGCUAAAGUGUAUGAAUGGGAGAAAGGUAUGGCUAGGAAAUGAGCACCAGUGAAAAGCAUUAUCCUCGCAAUGGCUAAUAUUAGCACUGCAGAGGCUUGUCUGACACAUUUCCCUUCUUGCCCAGCCAGCCUUAAAGGGCCACUAUAGCAUUAGGAAUACAAAUCUUUAUUCCGAACUUUGUAAUCUUCAUGUCCCUAAUUAGUUUUAGGCUCCCAGUGUGCACUGUAAAAAAUAACAAGCAAAAUAUUUUACUUUCCUUUUCUCCAGUGCCGAGCUCCCUCAGUGUUGCCGCUUUGUCCUCCCCAUGUGACGUCAUCCUGGAUGUGUGCCUCCAGGAUGACUGUCGAGUCCAAUGCUCCUCAUAGAGAUGCAUGAGGGAAAAGUUGUGAUUCCAAGUAUUACAGUAAUUAAACAUUGGAGGCUAGGGCAGUGUCCAUUAUAAUUACUUUAAUUAGGUGAAAUUGUUAUAGCGAGUAAAAGUGACAAGCUGAUGCUUGAGAAACAUGGGACAUGUAGUUCUCCACAAAAAGUACUGUACUUUGCCAGACAGUGCAAAGUUUGGCUAUUACUGGCAUAAGAUAUUGCAGUCCUUAGCAUAGUAUAUAGCUCCUGAUCUUACCUGUACACAAUAACUUUACAUAUAGCUAGUGUUAACAGAUGUCAAAUGACAGUAUUUUCACCUGAAACCCUUGUGAUGCAUCAGAUGUAUCUUUUUACUUCAUCAGUGUCUCUCUUAUUAUCUUUUCCAGCUGGCAGAGCAGACAGAACACAAAUGAAAAAUGAUUUAAUCAAAAUAAACAAGGUUAUUACUGAGCACACCAACUCCUUGGCUCCUUAUCAAUUUCUAACUGCCUUCUCGCAGCUGAUCUCCAGGAUCUGUCACUCCCAACAUGAAGUAUUUGCUGUGUUAAUGGAAAUUGUGGCCAAAGUCUUUGUAGCUUACCCCCAGCAGGCAAUGUGGAUGAUGACAGCUGUGUCCAAGGUAACAAGUGACAUAGAAUUGCUUUUUAAAAUACAUUUUCUGUUGGGAAUUUUAACCUACUUAUACUAUAAAAUGCUAUAUCUUUUCAGAAAAUAGUUCAAAUUGUUAUUUUAAUGUAAAUAUAUCUAAAAAAGAGGGGAUAUUUAUUAUCGUCAUUUGAAAGGGGUGUAAAUAUAAAUUUUGCUUGUUAAGGGAAUAACUCAGAGCAGCCCACUGCAACAUUGUGAUAUUGCUUGAAAAAUUCGCUGUGCUGGAUUUUCAAUGAUCUCAUAUUAAAAUGACACUCCAGAACCCUAAAACACUUUAGCUCUUUAGCAAUUGUUGAUGUUCCCAACAAUUUAAAGGACAGAAAGGGCUUUUAUUUAACACCUAUAUGUAUACCUAACACAACAUUGCGUGUGAAUGAACUGUUAAAAAUUGUUUAUAAUAAUGUUUACACAUCAGUGCUAAUAAUUAAAAAUAACUCAAAAUAGAUUUACAUAUCAGUCCUGAUUGUUAAAUGACUAAUAUGUUUAGGAUCUAAAUUAAUUUUUGAUAGUUAACACUAAUCCUGUACCCAAUGCUUACACUUACCGUAUGCCUACCCUAAAUUUACCCUUAAUCUGAGCCCUACACUAUCUUUAACACUAAAACAAUAUAACCCCAAACCCAGCAUUAACACUUACCCUAAUCCUGCAGCUAACCGUGCCCUAACACUAAUUGUAGCCCUACCCUUACCACAAAAUCAUAACUCCAACCCUAACCCUGCUAAUAUCAAUUCUUGUAUAAGAAAUUAGUUUUACUAUUUAAAGGAACACUAUAGUCACCUAAAUUACUUUAGCUAAAUAAAGCAGUUUUAGUGUAUAGAUCAUUCCCCUGUAAUUUCACUGGUCAAGUCACUGUCAUUUAGGAGUUAAAUCACUUUGUUUCUGUUUAUGCAGCCCUAGCCACACCUCCCCUGCCUAUGAUUGACAGAGCCUGCAUGAAAAAAAAACUGGUUUCACUUUCAAACAGAUGUAAUUUACCUUAAAUAAUUGUAUCUCAAUCUCUAAAUUGAACUUUAAUCACAUACAGGAGGCUCUUGCAGGGUCUAGCAAGCUAUUAAUAUAGCAGGGGAUAAGAAAAUCUUAAUUAAACAGAACUUACAAUAAAGAAAGCCUAAAUAGGGCUCUCUUUACAGGAAGUGUUUAUGGAAGGCUGUGCAAGUCACAUACAGGGAGGUGUGACUAGGGUUCAUAAACAAAGGUAUUUAACUAAAUGGCAGAUGAUUGAGCAGUGAGGCUGCAGGGGCAUGUGCUAUACACCAAAGCUGCUUCAUUAAGCUAAAGUUGUUCAGGUGACUAUAGUGUCCCUUUAACACAGUAGAUGGUGAUAUUUUGCCACCAUCUACUGGUCGUUUUCAGAAUUACACAGUGUAUUCUGAAUGGAGUCUUGUUUCUAGCUGAUUACACUGCGAUCGGUACUGGACAGCUUGCAAAGCCCAUUACAGAUCACAAUUGGCGAGGGACAGAAUAGAAGACUGUGCCAGAAUCUAUUAAUACCCAAAGCUGCCUGCAGUCCAUAAAAACCGUGGCUGAGAACAAUCACUUUAUGAAUGACUUCCAGCAUUGCACAGAGCUCAUUGAUCAAUCUGGAUCCACUAAAAUGGCCCCAGUUGACUAAUAGGAGCCCCAUAUAUCCAUUGAUACCUGGGGUUAGUGGGUUGUGUUACUCCCCAAUCUUUAUGCAAGCAUUUAAAAUCCUAUUCAAAGAGCUGCUUGCUUCCAUCAUUGUGCCUUAAAGGCAUCAAAUCCCAUUACAGUUGGGAUGUAAGUGUUCUGGAAAGACUUGUCUUUACCCGUCUGGCUUGUUUCCCCAAUUCCAACUCUCCUUGACCCUCUUCAGUCUGGUUUCCGUCCCCUUCGCUUUACUGAGACUUCUCUUAUUCAAGUUACUAAUUACAUAAACUCAGCUAAAUCCAAAUGUCACUACUCCCAACUAAUUCUUCUUGACCUCUCUGCUGCCUUUCACACUGUUGAUCAUGUUCUCCUUCACCAAAAUCUUCAAUCAGCAAUAGGUUUAAGAAUGCAGCGCUUAUAACAAAUAAAAUAGAUAAUUAAAUAAUCACCUCUGGAGUAGUAAAAGAUUGAACCUUGUUAUCAUAUAGGUAAGGUAUCUGAUGGAAUCAAUACCUAUAAAUAUAUAUAAUACAACAUAGUAUAGAUUGCACAAAUGCAGGAUAUAUAUAAAAAAUAUGGAUCAUAAAAACUCACAAACAUAGAGCUAAAAAUCUAGCUCUGGUAUGAAUAGCGUCCAGUUCCGUACAGGCGACCCACCCCUACAGGGAAUGUGUUCUGUCCUAGGGGAGAUAUAUAAAACGCAAACAUAGAGUAGCACAGUUGAUGUUAGAAUAAUAUAAAAUCAGGCUGCCAAGUGGGUACUUACAUACAUGGAGCAUCUUUGGCAGCUUGGACCGCAUACGUUUUACCGGCAAAUAGUAAUCACGUGACAGUGGAAAAUCACCAGCAACCGUUCACCCCAUUUAGAGGGUAUAUAAACAAGCAGUGUGGAACUAUUGAAUUAUACACUCGGCUGAUGAAGCUACAAACAGUAGUGAAACGCGUUCCGGUAUAUAAUUGUUGAAAAAGUUAUAUACUUUUAUCCUGGCUUCCAGUUUUCCACUACUGCUUAAUACCUACAAGGAAGUGUAGUCCCUAACUACACAAUACGCUAUGAUAGAGCCAUAGAGUACAAUCUAUACUAUGUUGUAUUAUUUAUAUUUAUAGGUCUUGAUUCCAUCAGAUACAUUACCUAUAUGAUAACAAGGUUCAAUCUUUUACUAUUCUAGAGGUGAUUAUUUAAUUAUCUAUUUUAUUUGUUAUAAGCGCUGCAUUCUUAAAACCUAUUGCUAUUUGUCUGUAUUAUUUGGAAAAGUUAUACACUAAUGUUCAGCUGUUAUUGAAUAUAACGUGUUUUGACAAUAUCUUAUGUAAAUUGCAUCUAAUCUAUAAGCGAUAAUACCUAUUUAUCUUAUUAUUUCUAUAAACUCUUCAAUCACGCUCAGUCUCUGUGACACUGUCUUCUCAUGGUUUUCCUUCUAUCUCUCCUAACGCUCCUUCAGUGUCUCCCUUUUUAUUGAUACCUCCUCCCUUUGUGCUGUCUCAGUUGAAGCCCCCAAGGCUCUUUCAUUGGUCCCCUUCUAUUUUAUUACUGCCUCUAUUGGCAAACUUAUUACCUCAUUUGGAUUCCACUACCACCUGUACGCUGAUGACACCUAGAUAAAUCUCUCCUCCCCGGAUCUCUCUCCUGCCGUCCUGCAACGUGUCACUGCUUGCCUUUCUUCCGUCUCUGACUGGAUAUACUCCCGCUUUCUGAAACUCAAUCUCUCUAAAACUGAACUUCUUGUCUUUAGUCCUCCUGAUUGAUCCUUUGCUCUCCCUUCAAGUUGGUGGUACCCACAUCAGCCCAUCCUUAAAGCACUUUGUCUAAGUGUUAUAUUUGAUUCUGGCCUCACAUUUGAGCCUAUCAUCUAGUCUGUUGCCAAAUCUUGUCGAUUCCACCUUAAAAACAUUGCCCGCAUCCGCCCCUUUCUUACACAAAACGCUACUAAGGAACUUGUUAAUGCUCUAGUAAUCUCUUGCAUUGACUGGUCUUCCCAUAAGCAGUACAGCCAGACUGAUUUUUCUCUCCUGUCGCUCCUCUCACAACGCUCCCCUCUGUCAGUCCUUAUAUUGGCUUCCUGUAUCCUAUAGAAGUCAAUUCAAAGUACUAAUCCACACCCGUAAAGCAUUGAAGAAUUCUAGCCCCUUCUAUAUUUUUUUCACUGAUGUUUAGGUAUGCCCCUUCUUGAUCUCCGCUCUGCCCAUGACCACCUUCUAUCCGCUGCUCACACGUGUAUGGCCAACUCACGCUUGUAGGACUUAUCGCGGGCGGCUCCUUUCCUUUGGAAUAGCCUGCCUACCACCAUCAGACUCUCCCCUAGUCUGCAAACAUUUAAAAAGUGCCUAAAAACCCAUCUCUCUUUUUUUUUUUUUUUUAAUUCUUUAUUUUAUGUGUGCACAUAUUAACAAACUAGCGUGCAGAGCCACGACAGCAACUGCAGGCAUUUCAUAGCAUUCCAAAGUGUGGCAGUUAAAACAGCACAUUUUUAUAUAAUAACAUGAGAAUAACAAGAUUAUGAUUCUUACAUCAUCAUAAGCAGACAUAUUUAGAGCAAAGUCGUUGCAUUUCUUCACAUAUUACAGGGACAUCCCUGUAUAGGCGUAAUACAUGUGCACAUUUAAGCCAAGUAUCAAACAAAAGUUAGAGCAAUAUCCGUAACCUAGGUACCCCGCUCACUUAAUUAACAUCCCAGGAGAGAAGUAGGAUGCUCCAUCCCCUAUUUCAGGUGCAUAGGAAGCGGUACCAUACGAAGUUCGGCACCCUACCCUAUGAGAGAGGGUCAUGGUGGCGAACCAAAGGAAAGUGUGAGAAACAAGAAUAGAGUAGAGGAAAAGAAAGAAUAGGUAAGAUGGGGCAAUGAGGCACCAGGGAGAAGACCGCGGGGAAGGGGGAGCAAGGGGAAGGGACAGGACGCGGGACGCGUGCCCCCUCCCCCCCAUCCCGUCACUCCAAAGCUCCUCCGUACCACCUAAGCCCCCAGUUGACUCCCAUCCCAUGGCUCCCAAACCUUACGGAAUGCUCCCGAGGACCCCCUCAGUCUAGCCGUCAGGUCAUCCAUAAGUCGCACCUCCCUUAUCCAAAACCCAUCUCUUUAGGAAAGCUUACGGCCUCACAGAGUACCCUCUACCUCACAUACCUGUCUCUUGCUCUCUUCUCCAACUCUGCUUCACUUCCACCUUGCUUGAUUGCUUUUAUACCCCACCUCCUCUAGACUGUAAGCUCGUUUGAGUAGGGUCCUCUUCAACCUAUUGUUCCUGUAAGUUUUUGUAAUUGUCUCAUUUAUUGUUAAAUCUCCCCUUUGAUAAUAUUGUAAAGCGCUACGGAAUUUGUUGGCACUAUAUAAAUACCAAUAAUAAUAAUAAUGACAUGUCCUAACAUCGUUAAGGAGUUAACAAAGCAGUUUUAGUGUAUAGUUCAUUCCCCUGCAGCCUCACUGCUCAAUUCUCUGCCAUUUAGAAGUUACAUCACUUGUGUUUCUAUAACAUGAGGCUCUAAUAGGCAUUUAAAAGAGCAGGAGAUCCAUUGUACAGUGCUGCGUAAUUUGUUGGCGCUUUAUCAAUAAUAAUAAUAAUGAGAAAUUAUUUAUUAAACACACUGUGCAAUAAAGGAAGCUUUAAAAAUAGAUCUUUCUUUAUAGGCAGUGUAUAAGUCAUAAGCAGGGAAGAUGUGGCUAAGCCUUCGCAUAGAAAUUGUUUAGGAUCUAAAUGAACUCCUAAUUGGCAAAGUAUUGAGCAGUGAAACUGCAGGGGCAUGCCCUAUUCACCAAAAACCACAGCAUUAAGCUAAAGUUGUUGUGAUGCUUACAGUAUUCCUUUAAAUGCCCUUUACCACUCACACUUUAAUUUGCUAGUAGCAUUAUGAAUACUGAUUAUAUGUGCAGUAUAACUACUCCCAUACUGUGAUUGAAACUGGUCGCAUGAUUAAGAAAAUGAAUUGCUUAGUUAAUGUGAGAAUGUAUUUUGCAGUCAUCCUACCCGAUGCGUGUGGAGAGAUGCAAACAGAUACUCGAUAAAGCGAUUCACAUGAAGCAGUCACUAGGGAAAUUCAUUGGGGAUGCUACUCGCCUUACUGAUAAACUCCUGGAACUCUGUAACAAGCCAGUAAGUACUUCCAUUAAAAUUACAAAGAGAUCCUAUUUGUAUAUACAAAUAAAUGCAAAGUAAUCCAAGAUCAUCCAUCAUAUAUAUUGCUUUUGUAUCAUUCAACUAUGCUACUAUGUACUUCUUUACAAAUGUGUAAUUGUCUCCUAAAACAAGUUUUAUGUUAAUUGACUGUAAUGCGGUUUUCAAUAAUGGCUCAGUACUAGGUUAAGCCAUUUAGUAAUGUUGCUCAAUAUUCUUACUUUAGGAGGCUCACUGCUCUCAGGCCUAGGACUCAUAUUUAAUCACUUUACCUAUGUCCAACUUGUUUUUUUUACUGGUGCAGGAAAGAGUCACACUACAAACACAAUAACGGCAUAUUCUCCUAGUAUAGUUUAUGGUACACUACCUCCCAAUCACUGCAUUUUCCUAUUCAAGCUUUACACACAAUAGAUCAAGCAUCUGAAUUACGCACCGAACUACAGUUGGCACAGUAAUUUAAGGUGAACGUUUAUACUUCAAAAAUUAAUUUGUUUUGUAAUUGCAUAAGCUUAGAACUUGUAUGUCUUCAUAAAAGAAUAAUAGUAUAAAUAAUGGUUUAUUUUUUCCUCAGACUCUCUUAAAUAGGAAGCAAGAAAAGAAAAGCCCCUUAAUGUUGUUUUUCUGUGUUUUUCAGGUGGAUGGAAACACCGGCACUCUAAGCAUGAGUGUUCACUUUAAAAUGCUGAAGAAGCUGGUUGAAGAGCCAACAUUUAGUGAGAUUCUUAUUCCAUUACAGUCGGUGAUGAUCCCAACAUUACCAUCUACUGCAGUAAAACGUGACCACGCUGACCAUGACCCGUUUCCUGGGCAUUGGGCAUACAUUGCUGGUUUCGAUGAUACUGUAAGACUCUUUGUUUAUAUGUGAGAAUAUUUUUGAAUGUCCUAGAUAAUUAAAAUCCAUGAGGUAUUCAUUUAUGUAUUUUUUAUAUUUUGUUUUCUCCUCCCAAGCAUACUCUUUAUUUGUUAUUCCUAAAGGGUGUUUCUAGACAACAAAGCACACUUUCUUCUAGCCUGGGAGGGGUUUAUUUUGCUCAUUCCUCCAUUGCUUAUUUAAGCCCCCUAGGACCAAUAGACAAUUUAUCUGGAAUGGUUUUAUUUUAGUAUAGAAUGUUACCUCCAUUGCCGGCUUUUAAAAUUAUUUUAUGGCAUUUAUUUAUUUUUUUAAAAUGUAUUUACAAUGUUCUAUUCUUAGUGCAUGCUAUCUAACAAUGCAUAUCUCCCCACGUUGGAAAGGAUGGAAGCAGGAGAGGGAAUAAGUUGUUGCAAUUCAGUUGUAGUGAUGGGGUCUGUCUGGCAGUGUGCCCAUUCAGAGUUUUGCUAAUGCAUUUGUAAAUGGACAGAAAAGCAUAACAUUCAUUUUUUGCAUAGCGAGUAUGUUUAGUGAUUCGCUCAUGCUCUGCUUAUUGUGAUCUUUUCUCUGGGGUCUCGAGAAGAAGGAACAAACAUAGGACAGCUGUACUGCUGGGGGAUGUGUAUCCCAUUUGGGCGUAUGUAUCUGGAUAAAGCCACAAUGCAGAGAAUUCCUUAUUGAAAUGCUACUAUUGAUUUCCUCUAUUUUACAUAUUCUAGCAGAAGGAGGAUUUGAUUUUCAGAAAAUAAAAAUGCAUAGAGCAUCUAUGCAGCAUUAUUGGUCUGUUUAUAUAUGCUAUGGCUACACAGUGUUUGUGUUCUCUACGUGCCACUUACACAGGAGAGGAAGUGAAACCUCUUGAGUCUUUCAGUCACAGACUGUCUGUUAAAAUAUCUCUAUACAGGUCUUCCUGCAUCUACGGGCCCUCUUUCGUGAAAGACUCAUUAGCAGCGCAGUCUAUAUAGAGAGGUCCGUAUCUUGCGUACCCUUACUCUUCCCUCAGCAAAAUUUAUUAUACUCUGAGGAGUAUUUGGAGUCUUUAGAUUCAUCCUCAGGCUAGGUUUGAAUCUUCAGACUCUUUUAUAUCUACGUCAUAAAGAGAAAAGGGUAAUUGUUAUUUUAAAACACCUCUUUUUGUGUGUUCCUUCAAUGGUGUUACUGUUUGUUGGGCAAAAAGUGUGAUUCACAUUAUUUUUUUUGAAGGAUACACCAGUAAGUUAAAAGCUAGGGUUUUUGCAAGGAGAUGAUGCAUACUCUGUAUAUAGUUAAGGAAACAACCAUGAGAGAUUCCUGGCUUGCUGUUCCCCAUUAGUUUGUUGUCGGUCUCUAAUAUUAUUCUGCUCAUUAAAAUGUUUAUACUGAAGAUCUUAAAAUAAUAAGAAAUACCACAGAAAAACAUAAUAAAACUGUAUUCAAUGCCUGUGUUUAAUAGAAAUUACACAAUCCUUUGUAACUUAAACAAUAUUCAGCUAAAUAACUUACUGCAAUCAAAAAUGUAAGCCAUUUUAUGUACUAGGGUAGUUGUGCUUUAUAUUUUACUGUACUUAUUAAAUGUUUUGUUUUUCUUUGAACACAGGUAGAGAUAUUACCCUCUCUCCAGAAACCCAAGAAGAUUUCAUUGAAAGGAUCUGAUGGAAAAUCCUACAUUAUGAUGUGCAAACCAAAGGAUGACCUCAGGAAAGAUUGCAGACUUAUGGAGUUUAAUUCUUUAAUUAACAAGGUAAGUGGUAGGAUAACUCAUUUCAAGAUAAAUCAUACUAGGUUUUAAUGGGUACUAUUGUCACAUUCAUUUGUUGCUGUAAGGCAAAACUUUGUUUCCUACUGAUAUCAGUCACUAUCAGCAAAAGGGGCCCAUAAAAUGUAAGGUUUGUGCAUAUAUAGGAGAUACAUCCUGUGUCUGUACACCCAUAGGAAAGCAUUAUGAGACUAUUGCACAUGCUUGUCAAAAUGCUGCAUUGCGCCAAUCAGCAUCUUAUAGAGAUGCAUUGGAUCAAUUCAUCUCUAUAGGGAGCUUUCAGCAUAGCAUGGAGAUGCUGAGUUAGUGCUGCACACAAGGUGGCACUGAAAUAGGAAGCACCUCUAGUGGCCAUCUGAGUGACUGCACCUAAAGGCAGCAAUGUAAAAACUUCAUUUUUCUAUGAAAAGACAGCAUAUAUAUUGCUGAGCCUGCAAGGACAUACUGUAGACACCAGAACCAAUACAUUAAUCGGUAGUGGUUGUGGUGACUAUAGGGUCCAUUUUAUAUUGUGUGAUUCUAAGCACAAAAGCCACAUUAGCUUGAUGAAGUUAUUUUGAUGUAUAGAUCAAGUCAUUUUCCCAGAUACUGAAAACCUAUGUGUUAGGCAGAAUAUAUAUUUUAAAUAUUAAUAUUUUGUUUCUCUUGCUCAGUGUUUACGAAAGGAUGCCGAAUCCCGGAGGAGGGAGCUUCAUAUCAGAACAUAUGCUGUUAUUCCAUUGAAUGAUGAGUGCGGUAUAAUAGAAUGGGUCAAUAACACAGCAGGUCUAAGAAAUAUACUGAUCAAAUUGUACAAGGAAAGGGGUAAUUAUAAUCAGUCAACUUUAAAUUGUUCUCAGAAUCCCUGUGGUUUGAAGGUAUUGCCAUAUGCAUGUUAAAUAUUUAAUCUGCUGUGCAGAGUAUGCAAAGUAUGUUCUUUUAAUCACACACUGGUGAGGAAGCAGUAGGUAUUUUAUAAUUUUAUAUACACUUACUUAAAAAAUAAUUUACACAUUUAAUUGAUGCAAAUGCAUAUUUCACCUACUUUACAGUUUAUGUUCUGCUAUUUUGUACGCUUAAGAUGACUGGAUAAUACAAAUCGUCUACCACUGUGUCAUACAUUAUUGCCUAUGAGUUGGUAAUUGCUACCUUGAAUUAUAGAAAUUAAUAUACAUCUGUUAUGUGCCAUUUCAUCCUGUGAUCAUAUUUAAUAGAUUUAUUUGUUUACACAUUUUUUUCCUCAUGCAUUAUGCUUUUCGUAACAUUGAUGUAAUUGUGUGUGUAUUUGACACUAGCAUAAAACCAAAGAUAAAAUGUUGCUAUUAAGAUAGUUUACUUGUUCUAAAAUGUCAGAAAUAAAUGUAUUAGAGCUGAAUUCUAGAGCAUUUCUUUUUGUUUCACAGGUAUAUACAUGGGAGGAAAGGAUCUCCGUCAAUGCAUGCUUCCCAAGGGAGCACCUUUACAGGAGAAGAUAAAAAUGUUUAAAGAGACUCUUUUACCUCGUCACCCUCCUGUGUUCCAGGAAUGGUUUUUAAGAACGUUUCCUGAUCCGACUUCCUGGUAAAUAUGUAGGAUACUAGGUGAUAUCAUAAAGGUGGACACAUAAGUGCUAUAACUUAAAAAGCCAAUUGUAGUGUUUAUAGUACUUUGGGUGUUCGAGUUUAGGAGCAGUUUAACAAAACCUAAAGUUCCCCCCGCACUCACAGCUUGCCCUGUUAAUUAUUAAAUUGCACUUAAAUGCUGGGGAAGGGUUACCUUAUCGCUCUCACCCUAUCAUUGCUUUCCAAGGUUGGACGGAAUAGUUGCAUAUUAAGCAGAAAGUGGAUAUAACAUUACAGGUUAUGGGGAGUAUUAAUCAUGCACAGUUGUAUCCAGUUUUUCGUAUAUCAACUCAGAUAAUGGAUUUAAUUUGAAACAGGCAACUAUGUACGCUUCUAUUACAUAGUUAAGAUGAGAUUACAUUGCAGUAAUUUGUAGUGAAUACCAUGCUAAAGUACAGAUAACCAAUUUUUAGUAUACACUUAACAUGCUUGUUAAUGAAAACAAUAAAGCACUUCAGUGCAAACCAUAUUAAUAAAAAAACAACUCAACAACAUUUGUGAAGUAUAAACUCACAAACGUCACCAAAAUAAAACAUGAAAUUAAUUGUUAUAAGUGUAAAGAACUCACAAAGUUAAAACGCCAAUAAACAAAAUAGUGGAGUGCUUAGAUACAUGAGGGGAUAUCUUAACCUCUGGAAUUAUAUGUACAAGAGGGUAAGUGUAAAGAGGUCUUUACACUCAUGACAAUUAUUUUAAUGCUUGUUAAUAAAUAUGUCCAUUUCUGUACUCCUGAUCAAUCCUUAGAUGUACCUGUAUUCUGUUUGUGCAUCCCAGGGCAUACUUUGACACAUGAGAAAUCGCAACAUAUUUUUCCUUUCUAGUUGUAUAGAAGGUUCAGGCACUCAGAAAGUCUUUGAAAUGGCCACAGCUCACAGAAACAUUGUCACUUUUUGUUGAUGUGCUUAUUAAAGUCAGCACUUUAUAAGACGUUCUGAGUACCUGGACCUCCUUUGUAACUAUACAGUUAUACUCUGGGACUUGACAACUCUGCUUUGGGGACAGGCUGUGGAUUAAAAAAAUGCGAUAAUCUCGUUUUUUUUUCUCCCCACAAUCUUACAUCACAUGUGUGUGACAUGUUAGCAAUUCCAAAGUAAUUCUGAAUGUAUUUUAAUAUGUAGGCCAAAACAGCCAAACUGAAGAAGAGCACCAAAGAGUAGGAAUAGAUGGUUGUAUCCCUAACACUAGUGAUCCUUUAAGUAUUAUUAUUUAUUUUUUUUAUAAACCUUGUUAUUGGCCACUAUCCUAGACAUUGCCACUGGCAGCAGAAAACAUGAUACACACAUGCAAUGGAGUGCAGUUAUCCUUUGAUGACCAUGUAAUUCACAAAAUUUAAGUACUAUAUGUAGCACAGAGUUUUUGUAAAAUGGUUAAUGCUUCUAUUAAUUAAUGCAGAUUUGUUUUUUAAGUGUUUGUAUUGUUUCAUUUUUAGGUACAAUAGUAGGUCAGCCUAUUGCCGUUCGACAGCUGUGAUGUCCAUGGUUGGUUACAUAUUAGGCCUUGGGGACCGACAUGGGGAGAACAUACUUUUUGACUCCUUCACUGGAGAAUGUGUUCAUGUGGAUUUCAAUUGUCUCUUUAAUAAGGUAUAGUAUUUCAUAGAUUAUGAUUGACGCAAACUCUGACAAAAAAUGUUUUAUCUGUAAAAUCUGCAGGGUCAUUCAUUAAACUGGGAAUUGUAGGGAAUUCAACAUGGAAUAUAACAUUUUAGGUGAAUGCUAUAGUAAGCGCCUAUCCCUAACAUACUAGGUGCCCCCCUCUCGCAAGCCCAAAAAGCAUUAAGAACCCUUUAAUUCACUUAUCUGAUUCUGGCACCAGGGUCCCUGACUCAAUGUUUUCCUAUGGGGACACUAUAUGAAAAGCCAGAAAUUGCAGAGAGGCAGUCUUAAUCCUGCAACAGUCCUCUGAAACUGCAGAGAGGUAGUCUUAAUCCUGCAACAGUCCUCUGAAACUUCAGUGUUUUACAUUGCAGGGAUAAGGGGACAGGGACACUGCACCCAGUCUACUGCAAUAAGAAGAAGUGGUCUGAGUGCCGGUAGUGUCCCUUUAAGCUGAAAUAUUUUGGUCUAAAUUUUAAAUUCAUUACCCAGUUUACUGAAUUGCCCUGCUAGAUUGGAUUGCUGAUAUGAACAGGAAAUCUUUUUGGGGUAUCUUAUAUUAAGAGCACUUCUGAUAUAUACACUGCUCAAAAAAAAUAAAGGGAACACUUAAACAACACAAUGUAACUCCAAGUCAAUCACACUUCUGUGAAAUCAAACUGUCCACUUAGGAAGCAACACUGAGUGACAAUCAAUUUCACAUGCUAUUGUGCAAAUGGGAUAGACAACAGGUGGAAAUUAUAGGCAAUUAGCAAGACACCUCCAAUAAAGGAGUAGUUCUGCAGGUGGUGACCACAGACCACUUCUCAGUUCCUAUGCUUCCUGGCUGAUGUUUUGGUCAAUUUUGAAUGCUGGCGGUGCUUUCACUCUAGUUGUAGCAUGAGAUGGAGUCUACAACCCACACAAGUGGCUCAGGUAGUGCAGCUCAUCCAGGAUGGCACAUCAAUGUGAGCUGUGGCAAGAAGGUUUGCUGUGUCUGUCAGCGUAGAGUCCAGAGCAUGGAGGCGCUACCAGGAGACAGGCCAGUACAUCAGGAGACGUGGAGGAGGCCGUAGGAGGGCAACAACCCAGCAGCAGGACCGAUACCUCCGCCUUUGUGCAAGGAGGAACAGGAGGAACACUGCCAGAGCCCUGCAAAAUGACCUCCAGCAGGCCACAAAUGUGCGUGUGUCUGCUCAAAUGGUCAAAAACAGACUCUAUGAGGGCCCGACGUCCACAGGUGGGGGUUGUGCUUACAGCCCAACACCGUGGAGGAUGCUUGGCAUUUGCCAGAGAACACCAAGAUUGGCAAAUUCGCCACUGGCACCCUGUGCUCUUCACAGAUGAAAGCAGGUUCACAGUGAGCACGUGUGACAGAGUCUGGAGACGCCGUGGAGAACGUUCUGCUGCCUGCAACAUCCUCCAGCAUGACCGGUUUGGCAGUGGGUCAGUAAUGGUGUGGGGUGGCCGCACGGCCCUCCAUGUGCUCGCCAGAGGUAGCCUGACUGCCAUUAGGUACCGAGAUUAGAUCCUCAGACCCUUUGUGAGACCAUAUGCUGGUGCGGUUGGCCCUGGGUUCCUCCUAAUGCAAGAUAAUGCUAGACCUCAUGUGGCUGGACUGUGUCAGCAGUUCCUGCAAGACGAAUGCAUUGAUGCUAUGGACUGGCCCACCCGUUCCCCAGACCUGAAUCCAAUUGAGCACAUCUGUGACAUCAUGUCUCGCUCCAUCCACCAACGUCACGUUGCACCACAGACUGUCCAAGAGUUGGCAGAUGCUUUAGUCCAGGUCUGGGAGGAGAUCCCUCAGGAGACCAUCCGCCACCUCAUCAGUGGCAUGCACAGGCGUUGUAGGGAGGUCAUACAGGCACGUGGAGGCCACACACACUACUGAGCCUCAUUUUGACUUGUUUUAAGGACAUUACAUCAAAGUUGGAUCAGCCUGUAUUGUGUUUUUCCACUUUAAGUUUGAGUGUGACUCCAAAUCCAGACCUCCAUGGGUUGAAAAAUUUGAUUUCCAUUUUUUUUAUUUUUGUGUGAUUUUGUUGUCCGCACAUUCAACUAUGUAAAGAACAAAGUAUUUCAGAAGAAUAUUUAAUUCAUUCAGAUCUAGGAUGUGUUAUUUUUGUGUGUUCCCUUUAUUUUUUUGAGCAGUGCAUAUAUAUAUGAGAUAGAUUUCAUUUUUUAAACAAUGUUUAUCUUGACAAACACAAAGCUUUGAAAGCAUAAACUAUAAAAGUAAAAUAAAACAAUAUUUGCAGUGUUCAGGUUGCAUGGAUGGCAUUUUACAUUCACUGAUUGUAUAGAACUAUCCAUGUACCUAGCAGAUUCCUUAACAUUUAACAGACAAUAACUUUAAAAUCGAAGGACUUGUUUUACAAAAUUUAAUGUAAUUAUGCUGUCCUGAGACAUUGGUGAAGCAUUAUUUUCUGUUAAAGAAAUACUUUGGUAACAAAUAUAAUUUUUGACCUCGUUAUGCUGUGCUAAACCAUAAGCCUGCCUAAUUAGCCACGUCCCCUCACUCCAGAAAAAUGACUUCCUUAUCAAAUGUAUGUACACAGCCCAGGCACUGACCGCAAUGAGUGGUAUGUGCUACAAAGAAACCUGAAGAAAAAAAAAAAAAAAAAGAAAUUUACAAGCAUAUAAUUUGGCUUAGUAAGUAAUGCAGAUGAUAGUAUGAAAACAAUAAUACAUUUUAAAAGUUUAUAGAAAUGCUAGCCAAUAUACAUGAAUAUAGCAUAAGUAAGCUGGUAAUGUGGUAAAGCUACUCCAGAGACGUAAGCAGUAUAUUAAAAUGAAACAGGCUGGUUACAGAAGUGCAUACAGGCUCAUUACAAAAUCUAAAGUUAUAACAUGCAUAUCACAUGUACAGAAUGAAACAUAUUUAGGUACCUCGUUGGUGUGUAGGCAUAAAGAAAUAUUUAAAAUUAUGCAGUAUUUUCUCUCCCUGCCUGGCCUGCAGCAUCAGCACCAAUGGCUGUCUGAGUGUCCUGUUGCACUGCAGAGAAACACACUAUAUAUGAUGGUUGCCGGAUGGCACUUGAGCAUUGAUGUUUGUUGUGAUAUAUAGAAUAACUGUGUACUGACAACAGUGUAUUAUUAGUAUAGGUCAGCUGACCUAAUGUAUGUCAUGGCAGCAGAGAAGUAAAAGUAAAGUAAAUAAGGCUAAAAAGAAUGGUUUAAAGAGGGGAGCGCAUUGCUUGGGAAAGAUGUACUGUGUAAAUGAAGGGAAGUGAUGUGAAUGAUCUGAACUACGAGGACAGACUAAGAAAAUGAGACAGCUGAGAUAACUAGAGAGACAGGCAGUGGAAAGACAUACAAAUUGGUCAGUUGAAUUCUCUGAUUAGGGUAAAUGUGUGUCAAUAUGGCUGUAAGAGUAAUGUCAGUGUUUUAGUGUGUGGUAGGUAUCAUACUUUAUGCCUUGGAAGGUAAGUAUUUAGUAUGGUUAACGUAACUUAUAUUGCAGGAUUUAUCACUUACAUGUCAAUUAAAUAUAUGUAAAAUGAAUAUGAAUAAAUAAUGUGGUUAUAUGUAAAAUUGUUUCAUUUUAAUUAGGGUGAAACUUUUGAAGUUCCAGAAAUCGUCCCUUUCCGUUUGACACACAAUAUGGUAAAUGGGAUGGGUCCUAUGGGAACAGAAGGUCUCUUUCGGCGGGCAUGUGAAGUUACUAUGAGAUUAAUGAGAGACCAGAGAGAACCACUUAUGAGGUAUUGUAUUUAGUUUGCUUGCUUGUUUCAAAUUUUUCUUUUAUUUAAUGACACGUGAUCAUGAUGGUUCUAAUUGAAUCAUCAGGCAGGUAAAGCACAUUGUAUUUAUUUUUUUAUAUUGGGUCAGUGCACCAAUUGCACAAGUGCAGCUGUACAACCUUGAUCAUGUUUUAUCUAUAGCCUGUAAGACAGCUGAUAUUAUACUUUUAUUUUAUUUAUUUUUUACAUAUGUUGCAUAAUUUUUCUCUGUGAAGAGUGUGAGAGUAUACAAAAAUGGUAUUUUGGAGAUGUAACCUACGAGCUUAAUGUUUUUCUCUAUGGAUAGAUUAGUAAAAAGGGACAGUCCAAGCAUUAAAGGGCUAUUUAAAAAAAAAAAAAAUCCCAUUGGGAUUUUUGUGCAUACUUAUUUUCUGCAGAGUGUAUUUGAGAGCCUGGAAUGUUUGUGUUUUUGGUAUUAUAAUCUAUUACGGAGUAUGUAGCCGUUACCUACUUGGGUGUUUUUGUUUUAAAACUUUUAACUGUUUUGGCUUAAAGUUCUCCUAUCAUACCUAGAAUGAUUUAGUGUUACAUUAAAGAGCAUCAUUUUACAUCUAUACAUUAUAGCAGUCAAGUGCAAGCAAAUGUUCUGAAUAAGAGUUAUUUGCUAAUUUUCUGUAUUUUGCAGGGCUCUACUACAAUGCCAUUAGAGCAGCAAAAGACUGCAUCUUGGUGAUGAGCUUGCAUCCCACAAUGCUUAGUGUGCCCCUGCAUGCUAGGAAUAUUAGGAUGAGGUUUCUGACAUUUGGGGGAGGCUCUAUGCGCAGCCACUCCAUCCAGCUCGGGGUACCAUGCUGUGUGUGCGUCCCAGAAGUCUGCAGGAUUAAAUCUAGAUAUAAGUUUGUUUUUAGUAUAUAAACUUGCUUGCAAUAUUCCCAGCACAGUUUAUAUAUCAUAUCUAUACCUAAGUGAUAUUUGUCAUACACAGUUUGUGGAUGGCAGAUUUUCUCUUAGUGGAGUUUUGCCAUUCAGACUUCUUAAUUGUACUUCAUAUAUUUUCUGAACCUACCUUUGUUGUUGCUCUAUUGCAGAGUGCUAUACUGAAUACUAUAAAAACUCAAAAUAGAAAAUCCCAGAUUCUAACUGGCAAAUACUUGCUUCAAGCAUGUUUCUUUUCUUAUAGCACAUCUGAUGUGACUAGGCAAGAACCAUAGAGCAGUCACUCCCUGGUAGAUAUAUGGGCAUUAUUAAGCAAGUCUGAUGAAGGCUUGGCAGAACUAUGCCAGGACUUACAUUCCUAUCCACGGAAGAUGUUAUCGUUGACACCUAUACAAUCUGUUUUUCAGUGUUCUAAAGCCUUUCCUGCAUGACCCCUUGGUGGAAUGGAGUAAACCAGCAAAAGGGGGGAGCAAAAUUCAAGCUAAUGAGACUGGAGAAGUAAUCAAUGAAAAGGUUCGUAAUGUAUAAAACACUAAACAGCAGUCAUUUCCGACUGUGUUUAUAUCUUGUGUGGUGAAUUGUGUGCAUUUCUUCUGUCUCCAGGCAAAAACACAUGUGCUCGAUAUAGAACAGAGACUACAGGGAGUGAUUAAGACAAGGAAUCGUAUAAAAGGACUUCCACUGUCAAUUGAAGGACAUGUCCACUACCUGAUUCAAGAAGCUACUGAUGAGAACCUUCUCAGCCAGAUGUACCUCGGAUGGGCUCCUUACAUGUGAUAAUGAUCACUCAAGACAGUUUCCAGUGGUGCAGAAGAUUAACCUGUGUAUGUUUUUAUUGUGCUCUAUGUAAACAAAGAACAUAAUUACAGAGUGCUCCUCUAACCAAGUGCUUUAAGUCAUUUCCCAAAGUUUCUUGAACAACCACAGAAGUGCAUAAAAAAACUAAUUAAUUACAGUUCACAAAAGCACUUUUAUACUUUUCACUACGGUUAUGACUAUUCCAAAGAAUGUAACAAGGGUAAUACUUUGGGUUUGUAUAUAUAAUUAGCAUUUGUCAUAUGUAUGUUUUCUGUUAUUUUCCUCUGAUGGUUAGUUGAAAUUUUGGACAAUUAGAAUAUAUUAUUAAUAUGUACAAUGUUUUGCAUUUAAAUUCAGCUUUAAAUACUCCGUUUGUUUAGAAGCACAGUUUUGUAUAAAGUUAUAUUUUCACUAUUCUCUUUGUAAUCCUGGUACUUGUCUGUUUGAUGUAAUAUCCCUCAGCUCAAUUUUUAUAUAUCUGUAUUUAUAGACACUUUACUAGGCUAUUAAACUACUAUAGGAUGUUGUGUCAUGUCAGCUCACAUCCUUGAUAAUGAUUUUUUAUUCUUGUUUUCAGCUGGUAAUCGUUUUAUUUAACAAUUUGUGUUAAACGUUAGUUUGGAUCAAAAUCUGAUCACUUUGUUAUUUACCAUAAUAUCCCCAUUUCUGUUCAGCACAUGGUUGUUGCUUUUUAUAGCUGGAGUGUGGUUGCAAAACCUCCUACAUCCACAUAUGUAUAAUAGUUACUGAGGCAAUAACCACCCAUAUAUGCUUUAAAGGAGCACUCUAAAAUUAAAAAUAAAAAC